GCUGCCUAAUUAUGGUUCUGUAUGUGUACUUCUGGGAACGUGUUGUGGUCAGUUCUGAAGUGCAGGUGCUCCUUAAGACAACCCCCACAGCCAUAACAAGUUUGGUAAUGUACUGACAAUCUGGUCGCAUCCAGACUUCCUUUUCUGCUGGAUUUUUAAGCACAGGUCCACACUUUAAAGCUCCAUGUCCAAGCACUCUUUUAGUUUGUUUCUUCCAGCGCCUUCCCCACGAAAACCCGCUUUUCAAGGCUGAAUUGGAGCAAAUGGCCAUCUGUGAAAAACCUGAAUUGCUGUUUGUUCUGAUUCAGCAGUAAAGAGUGGGUUUUCAUGGGGAAAGCACCAUGGCUAAAGAGAGAGCGCGCAUAAGAGAGAGACAUGGAGCUUUAAAGCACAGGCCUGUAUCUAGAAAGUGUGGAACAAAGGUUAAGUGAGGCUGCGCGCUCAGUGCAGACCUUUCAGUCCUGGUGUACUAUGCUGAUGUGGAGCUGUUUUGGCCCAAAGCUGGGCCCUGGUCCUUAUGCACUUAGGUCUUAGGAAAGACCUGAAGAAUCACUGCUAGCCAGAGAAGGCAAUGCUGGCUAGGACCAGUGGUGGUAUAAGGCAGCUUCAAAUGUUCAUAUGUGACUGUAGUGAACAGGUGGUUGGUGAUGGGCGAGAUUUGGACCAGGGAAGCCAAGGCCGAUGGUGCCCAAAGUGGGAGGUAAACAAUUAAGUGGGAAAUUUAAGCCUGUCUCAGUUAUGCCCAACAGUGCCCCACACUGAGCACUGGAGACAAAUGGCAGAAGCAUGCCUUUCCUGAAGUCCAUGAAACAGUCUUAAAAGGUUUGCAUGCUCUAUUCAGUUUGUUAUCACAACACUCUGUACAGGUGAGGUUGGAGGAAGGACAGUUGCUGCAAAUAGCAUCUCUCUGCAGAUGGACAUGGGACGAUGCUUGAAGUCCCUCUUCCAAAGUGCCUCCUUUAAAACACAAUACUUUAUGGCCAUUCCUUGAACUUACCAAAGGGUUUGCAGUAAUUUAGGCAGGCUGCUGUGUCAGUCCUCAGAAACAUGGCUUUGUUUUCAAGAGGAGCCCAAACAUCCUGCUCAAUUAAGGAAUGGACAAAGGAGCUUUAUGUAUGUACAGAAACAGCGAUUUCUCUAUAAAAGGCUUUUGCUUAAAAAGAGAUCUAGACUGUGCCUCACAUAGUGCUUAUAUGGUAAGUACAUGUGUUCAUUCCAGGGGUGCUUCCUAUACAUAUGUCUUGGAGUUCAAAAGUGUGGGAAAUGUUGUGCAUGCAUCCAAACAUACAUACAUGGUGCACUCUUUUAACACGGAGCAUUAUUGGGGAACCUCAUUUGUUGUCUGGUGGUGUGUGCAUAUAUAAGCAGUAGCCUUAGGUUUCUUCUCCACUUCCUGCUACAGAGAUUUAUUGCAAUAGUUCCAGAAACAGAAAAAUAAUGUAGGGUGAAAAAAACAGAAGAACUGCUGUGCACCAGUUAUUAUUGUUAGUAAUUAUUAUUGCUACUUACCCUUUACCAAUAGGUCUCAGGACAGGUUGCAGCAAUAUGAAAUACAACAUUAAAAACAGCAUCUUUAGGAUGCAUCAAAGAAGCAAACCACACGCUCAGAGAAGCUGAGUCAUAUACAAACAGCUCUCACUCCUAGCCCUUCUUGGCAGCCUUCCUCAGCCAGCUUGCAAUUUGCUUGUUUGUUAGCAAAUGUGUUGAUACACUUGAGAAACUAUGAAUCUGUUUUGCAGAAAUUCCAACUUAUGCCACAGUCCACAUGCUUAGAUUUGCUUGCACUGGAAGAGGUUCCUACUUCUAUAUGUUGCGUUAAGACACCAAAACCAGAGGGCAGACUUCCCCCCUAUAGAAGGACCAAGCUGGCUCAUGCAACAUGGCAAGCCAAACUAUGACUUGGCAAAUUGCACAAACAUGCAGGUGCCCAGAGUCCUCCAUGCUACUUUUUGCUGCUUAGUGUGGUGAGUCAUCUGAACUGGGACUGGUAGUUAAGGUUUGUACUUGGCUACAGCUCAUGGUUAGUGAGGAGAAACCACAAGUCCUGGUUUGGACAACAUGCUAAGCCACACCUUGGCACAGCAGCAGAAAAAGGUUGGGGAAGAGCAAAGUGACUGCAAGUUCCUUUCAGGGAGUCUGCCUGUUCUCACUAUACCAUAGCUUGGCCUAUUGAACCAGGUCUUCAUUGUUGCAUUCUGAAACAAAGGAGAAGGUCCCCAAAGAUAUGAAAAAGCAGCCGACAAAAGCACAUGAACCCCUAGAGCAAUGAAAAUGGCAUAAAAGUUAUUUAUAAAUAAACAAAACAAGAUCACUUUUGUCUGUUGUUUUUCAUUGUAUUCUGCACAACUCUGCAAUAUUUUGACUCUACACAAUUAUGCUCGUUACUCUGUCCUUGCUGUUUUCCUUCAGGCAGGGCUGGCUCACCCAAGACGCAAGGUGAGGCCACAGCCUCAGGUGGCAGGGUACAUGGGGGCAACAGACUCCCAUGCAGAUGUUUAACCCCCCCCCCAUAUUCCUGAUGCAGAGCUUUGCUCAUCCCUUCUUCCUUGGCUGGGAGGGAGGUGCUUUUUUGUGGUUUGCCUCAGGUGCCAAAAUGCCUUGGGCUGGCCCUGCCUUCAGGAACAGCCAUCGCUCAGUGGCAGAGCACAAGAUCUGCAUGUAGAAGCUCCCAGAUUCAUUCCCUUGUAUCUCCAAAUAGGGCUGGGAAGGAGCCAUGCCUGAGACUCCGGAACGAAAGCACUGCCAGCCAGUGUCAAUAAAAUGACAAUACUGACCUAGGCAGACCAAUGGCCUGACUUGGAAUCAGGCAAGUGUAACACACAGGGUGGUUAGCAUGAUAAGAGCAGCUGCAAGUCUGACCUGGAAAGGUGGAUUUAGAAUAGGAUAGGAGUGGUGAGCCCCAUAGAUGGGUUCACAAAAAAGACAGAUAACCCAGUUGGCUUAAUGGAGCUGUUCUAUUUUAUUUUUUUAUCCUGAAUGAUUAGACAAAGAACAGGAGUGGGAAAGGGAGGGCAUGAUUACUGUAGACAACUAAAGGAGUGGUCCAAAGUCCAUGGUUUUCUUCAAAGAACGUAGAGAGUUGUUGCUUGCUGAGGGUGGUAGGAAUUCUUUGUUAAAGAUAACAGAAUCAUCAAUGGUUUUUUUGGGUAUGGUAUACCAUCUAGCCCACUUCCCUGCUUGAGUCAGGAUCACAAGCCUAAGGACACCUUGGUUGGAGCCAUAACAGUUUAACUCAUGGCCCCUUUAGCUUUUGCAACUGAAGGCAUGUGCAGCUGCCUGUGAUUAACAGACCAGCUCUGCUCCACAGGGGCCAGUCUUUCUACCAGUCUUGCCCAUGGGAUGGAGACAGAGUGCUCCCCACAGCACACAGGCACCCCCUGCAUAUUGACCAGAUGAGAAACAGGCACCAGCAGUGCAGGACUGGAAAGACUAUGUCCCAGCCAGGCUGGUGCCCCUUCACGCUCUCUGUGCCACAGGUUGACCCCUCAUGGGCUAGGAUGCCAUUUCUGCACACCUGGCCCUGGCAGGCACACAUCAUUCUCUUCUGGUGAACAGACAUUGGCUCUAGUAGCUGCCGUCUUAUGCCAGUCACUGGCUAUCUGGGCUUUCCUUUCAUACCCAGAAGGAAUUGGCAUGGUAGUUGGAAGCAUGAGGAGGACAAAUGGUUUCCACUAGCACAAGGUGGGCCCAUUAUGUGUCCCUAGAUAAGAUGUUUCUGGAUCCAACCAUUUUGAUGGAGGAAUUAGAGCACAUGGGAGUCAAAUGGCACAGCAACAGAGCAGGCAGAGUUUGGAUCAUUUCCUCUUGGGGUGCCUUAAGGGUCCCUGGGUCAUUGGUGAUCACCAGAAAUAUUACUUUGUGAAAUCCCCCCUUUAUUUUGUCAUGGUGCUACAGACAUCUAGCAUGGAAUUUGCAGCAAAUUGGCUGCAUCAGAGGUGUGUGUGCAGGAUUAGAGAGAGUUUCCAUGGAGGGUGCCCAGUAUUCUAAUUACAGUACAGGCCAAAAAAGUAGAACUUUUAGUCUAAGACGACAGAUAUCUUUAGGAACAUUUUAGAACUGCGGUGAAAACUCAGGGCUUACCUCUGCACAUGCUCAACUGCACUUUCGUCUUGAUUCCUACAGAAUCUAAGAGCCGGACUCUGGUAUGGAAAAUAGACUCCGGGGCUGAAUGGCGUGGAAACUCCUCAUAGGCAGAGGCUAAGACUCUGGUAUGGAAAAUAGGUCCCGGGACUUAAUGGAAGCGUGGGAUCUUCUUUCAGGCAGAAGCCCGGCCAGCCCCCCGCAUACCCCACGCCCUUUGCCAGGUCCAAACCUCUCGGGUCUCCCUCUCUUACUCACCUAGACAAGGGAGGGCCCCCAUCCUCGCCAAGGCGCGUGUGUCCCCGAGCUGGAGACGGGAGCGGCGGCGGCGAGCUGCAACGAGCGCGGCGCGGAGGCGGAGUGUCGGAGGAGGGGGGAGCCUCUCCACACCCCGGCGCGCUCGGCAGGCCCCGCCCGGCCACCCCACACGCCCUCCCGUCCGGGAGAAACUUUCCCCGGCGGCGGCUGCCUUUGCGCCUUGCCGAGCGGGGGACGCGCGCACGAGGGGCGGGCAUCGGGGCGCGGCGGAGCCGGGAGAGGCUCCCCGGGGCCCGAGAGCGGGAGAAGCGGCGCGUCCGGGAAACUUUGGCGCGGGAGCGCGGGGCGCAGCCGCUGGGCCCCCCUCCGGAGGCGAGAAAGAGGCAGGGCGUCCUGUGUAGCGAAGCGGGGGCCUCCCAUGGCCAGCCCGGCGGCGGCACCGGCUCCCCGCCGCCAGUGACCCCCGGAAAGCAAGCGGCGGCCGCGGCGGGGCCGUCGUGCGCCCCCCGCGUCCUCUGCACGUUUGGCCGCCCGCCAGGGAGAUGUCCGGGAAGAGCGCACCUGCGGCGGCGCUCGCCGAGGACACCUGGAUCCCCGCGGAGAAUGGAGGCGGUUCCCCCGCCGCCUCACCCCCCAAGAAGAAGAAGCCCAAGUCCGGCUCGUCUAGCCUGCGCAGGGCCUUCAGCUGGCUGCGGGGCAGGCGGAAGAAGAAGCCGAAGGGCCCUCCUGGCGCGCCCCCUGCGGAGGGCAAGAAGCACGACGAGCGCCACAAGGGCAAAGGUAAGGCGCGUCAGCAGCGGGGGUCGCUAGCCGGAUCCCAGCUGCGGGGCGGGAGGGGUCUGGAGAGCGCUCUGCACAUGCUUAACGGGUCUUCCCGUGGUCUUGCUUCACACUUGCCAGGGUGGAGCUGGAGUGAGUGCCAGCCCGAGCCAAGCCCUGGCCUGGGGCUGGUCGUGCUUCCACGGUGGCGGCGGGAAGGCGCUCUGCACAUGGUUAGCUAGACUCUGUUUUAUGAAUAUUUCCGCAUGCUCAAGGGAUACGCCGUGGGACGGAAAUCGCGUGCUAACUUGGACUCGGCCCCUGUGAUUUCCUGGCCUAGACGAAGCUCUGAAUUUUUGCCAAAGGUUGUACUUAGAGAAUAGAGCUGGGUUCAACUGCUUUAGCUCUGCACGUGAACAGUGUUACAGUGAAUAUAUGGCCCAUUCCAAGUCCGCUCCUUGUAACUGAAAGUCGAUUCCAAGGUGAAGCCCAAGUUGCCUAAAGUUGCUUUCCCUUCCUGAGACAUUUGUCCUGCUUUAUCAAUCCUUCACAUGAUCCAUGACUCUGCCCCACCUUACUGAAACCAGGCCCCAUUUAUAGCCCAUGGCUGAGUGGGCUGCCAACAAAUCCCCAGGCAAGCCGUUAUAACGCCAUUCCGACCAGCCUUCCGCCAUUCCUUGACUUACUUCCUCAUGCCAACUUAACCCAUUCCCUCCUUGCCUUGCUUGAAACAGGUGUGGGUGGCGCUUCGAGGGCUGGGGCACAGGCUCAGGGCACAAAGUUGCAUAAAUGUGCAGAGUGCCCCUGGGCAAGUUAAGAUGGCCAGUGGCUGGGCUCUCACCUGCCUGGCACUCAGCACCAUGACUGAGAGGAAAUGUGUGUGUUUUUAAGUUCAGAAGAAGGAGGAAAGGGGCAUGGAAUCUGCAGCAUGGCACAAAACAAUCUGAGACGUGGCCCCCUGUGCUACCUCCCAGGGGGAUUUUCCUGUCCCCAUCUCCAUCUUUUUAUUUUAAAGAGUGCCUGUUUGGAGCUGUGGGUCAUCAUUUUGACUUUCCUCUUCAGCAGCAAACGUGUCUUUCUGUCAGCACGGAGUGCAGCAGGUCCUAGUUUUGGGUAACCUGUGUGUGUAUUUGCAGGGAGAGAGCUGCAUUUGGUUCUUCUGGGGCUCGGGCAAUUGCAGCCAGCUCCUCUCCUUCCUACCCGCCCCCACCUACCCCCCCAUUGCAAAUUCCAUUUCUACCCAAGGCUGUUGCUGGUUCAGUGGGCAUGUUCCUUCUCCCUCUGACUCAUGAGGUCAGAGAUCCUGAGAGAAAUCUGGAGCAGCUCCAGAUGCUUCCCCAGUCCGCACCACUGUUUUGCACAAGCUGAACUGCGGCUCUGGCCCCACCCUGAGCCUGUCUCCACUAUGGGUUUUUUUUAGAAUAAUAGAAUUGUAGAGUUGGAAGGGUCAUCUAGUCCAACUCCCUGCAAUGCAGGAAUCUCAACAUAGUUUCUCCCCUGUGCAUGUUUGUUGAUGUUUUCUAAGGUUUCCACUAUCGGCGAAGCUCUUUCCUCUCUCCAUACAUCCAAACGGUUUCUCCCCUGUGCACACUGUGAUGUACACCCAAGUUGGUGGGAAACAAAGGAAGGAGGCUGCUGUACUGUUGUUGGAAGCACCUCCUCCCCAAUUUACUUUGAUGUGGAGUGAAGAGGUGCAGAAAAACUCCACACGAUGUGUUGCCAUGGUUGGUCUUUGUGAACAUGCCUGUGCUGAGUUGGAGUGAACCAGAUCCCUGGGUAGCCAAUCUGUGUCACAGAUGCCACAAGUGGCAUAAAUAGUAAUAAUCACAACACUGAUAAACCUAAAGCAAUGUCCCAAUGGAGCAUUUAAGCAAGUGAAAGGAGACUCCACUGUUCUGAGGAUGGGGGGGGGCAUCCUCUGGGCUGCUGCCAUCACCACCCUUUAGAAUCAGAAGAAAACCUUUUGGGAAAUGGGUGUGUACCUGUGGUGCUGACCCAGGGAGGCAUGCCUAAUUGUGACUCUGCAUGCUGAUUGCCCUGUGUCCAUGACAUCAUAAGCAGCUGGACGUUGUUUUUGUCCUGGCACUCUGGCAGAUGUGGCAUUUGGCAUUCUAAAGAGCUCAGGAAGCCUUUUGGCCAAAGAGCGAUGGGCAGCUACUUUUUAGACCCACCGACCCAGAAGCUUCUCUUGGUACCGGCUUGGUUCAGAGGAACUCUGGCCUUGUCUUGGUGGUCCUUUGUUUUACUCAGCCCCAACCACACUGCUUUUCUUGUAGUGGUAGUCUGCUCAUGUUAAGAGACCUGCGAUGUGCUCUCAGUGUGAACUUUCGCUACUAUCUGCCCAUUCCAUUUCCAGCGCUGCCCAUCCCCUGCUCCAGAUGCCAGUCUUUUCACAGAAUCAUAGAAUUGUAGAGUUGGAACUUGGAAGAGUCCCCCAAGGAGCAUCUAGUCCAACCCCCUAAAAUGCAGGAGUCCAACCUGCCUUGGCCCUUGAGCUGCUUGCUCCUUUGUCCCCUUGUCCAGGUGCGCUUGUGCUUUUCAACCCUGGCAGGGCAGCCCAAGGGACAAGGUGAUCACGAAUCAGAGUUAUAGCACCUUUCCAAAGCAAACAGGCACCAUCUUGGUGUGGAACAUGAGUGAGACAUGGAAGUCCUCUCCUGGUCCCCCUCCACUUGGCACCAGGGUACCAUGUUCAACUCUGAAUGCAGAACUGAGCUGAAUACUCGUUGUUGAACUCUCAAGAAUGGCAUGAGAGAAGCUGGAAAGAAUCCAAAGAAGAGAAUCUACCAUGACCAGAGGUCUGGAGAAUAUGGGGAAAGGCUGCAGUGCAGAAGCGAUGGCUUGCUAGGUCAGGCCAAAAGUCCAGCUAGUGCAGCUUUAUGUUCCCAGUAGUGGGCAGCCAGAUGCCCCCUUCCUCCCUGCCCCAGGAAGCUUACAAGUGAUGGGCACCCUUUGCUGUUUUGGCUCAGCUCCUAGGACCCCAGUUGCUGCUUCAGUUUGAAGAAUAUAAGUCUCUUGAGAGGAGAAUCUGAUUGCUGUUUUCAAAAUACACAAUGAGUUACCUUGAGAGGACCAGGAUCAGUUUCUUCCCUUGUCUUCUGGUUGUAUUUGCAAGAAUUUGGGAAUCUGACAUUUGUGUGUGGGAUCCAUGAGGCUUUACUGAGGAAAAGUCUGAAAUGAGAUACUUUUGUGAACAUCCCCUAGAAAAGGCAGAUAGUAACUUUAAGUGCCUUAAAUUUAUCUUUUUAUGGCUCCUGUCUCUCUUGUGCUUGAGGCAACUCACUACAGUAUAUAAAAACAGCACACAUCAGAUCCUCGUAAAUCAAAGAGUAAAGACGUUCCAGGACAGUAACAUAGGUGAGCAGCAGUUUCCUCUGACAGGUCUCCAUCAGCUCCCAAGAGCUCUCUUGAGGAGACCCUCUUGAAAGCCAGAUCUUCUCGUUGGCAGUGAGCAUGGUGGGAAUGAAUGGCCUCAUUUGAAUAUAGCAAUACUGCAAGUAUUUAUUUUUCUUAAGAUGCAUAUCCUGCCUUUCUCCCACCGCAGAGCUUACAUUGAUAUGCACAUGGGGUUCCCAGGCAGUCUCCCAUCCAGGCACUGACCAGACCUAGACCUGAUAGACUUCAGCAAGGUGGUGCUGCCUUCAGAACAUACCUUGGCUUUUGGUGUCUUGGGGUUCAGCUGCGUUGUAGUGUAGUGUAGUGGUUAGAGUGUCAGACUAGGACCCCUCAGAGGUUUUGUUAUGAUCAGUCAGUAUAUAAAUUUUGUUAAAUAAAAAAUAAAUAAGAUAAUUUUAUGGGAGUUGAAGUCCAGCAACAUCUGGGGUCCCAAGAAAGCUGCUUUGGGGAGACAGAAACCACAGUCUUACUCUGUUGGGAAGUAACACCACACCAGGACUUCCUGCCUGUUGCUCUUGCUUGUGACUGGAAGGAGGGAUUGGGCAGUGGACACCAUCUGCCUGCUUGAUCCCAAUAAGCCAUACACCAGGGCUUACCAUGACGUGCAGACUUGCCCCGAUGUGCGUUUGAUCUUCUCAAGACAGGUGUACUUUUCUCUGGAUCAGCUUAGAAACCUCAAAGUGAGUUGGCUUCAGUUUCGCUUUCUAUGGCAGUUCACCACCCAUCCGCACAAUUCCUGCCUCUGCCUCUUCUUCUGGGUUCUGCUUCUCUACCCUCUUACAGGCACAAUUUCCAAAUAUCAAUUCUCAGCACUUUUGCUAGAGUUUCCCCCAAGAAAAGGCCAGAGAAGUCACAGCCCUUAAGAUUCAGUGCUAUUGCAUGAUAGCAAAUGCACAUGUACAGACCUCUCAUUUCUUUACAGCUGGUGCCCUCUUCAAUAUUUGUACAUGGGCACUGGAGGGCUUAGAGUAACAGGGAAGCAUGCUGAAGGGGCUCACUGUCCAGUCAGUGCAGAAAACAUUGGUCCCCCCCAAGUCCUACCCUGAAGAGGGACCCAUGAAUUUCACUCUGAUCCUGAGUCUAAUCCAGCCUUCCCCAACCUGGUGCCCUCCAGAUGUUUCAUUUUUAUCUGCCACAGGCUAUGUGAGCUGUAAUCCAAAACAUCUGGAGGGGAUCAGAUUGGUCUAAUACUAGGGAAAACAGCUUAUGUCUCUGCUUGUGGGUCUAUAGGUUGGUGGUUCGAGUCUACCCAGGGAUAGCUGUGGGCAGGAUUCCUGCAUUGCAAGGGGUUGGACUAGAUCCUCAGGAUCCCUUCCGAUUCUACAAUUCUAUGAGUCUAUGAUUCAAUGACCCUCAGGGUUCAUAGAACCCUUCCAGCUAUGAUUCUAUGACUUAAGGCAUCCAGCCCCCUGCCUGACUGCCUCCCCCCUGCAAUGUAAGGACUAGGCUUACUAUAACCCUUAUAUUGCAAUUUAUAAUUUGAUGUGCACUCUGCUUCACAUGGGUAUCUCUAGCAGGCAAUCACAAGUUGGAGCAGCUUUUGUGCAGGGCAAGUUUUGUUUUUCAGAUUCUGGGGGAAAGGAGAGUACUAUUGACACUUUGGUUUAUUUAACUGCAGAUUGUUGGUAAAAAAGAAAGGCAAUACGCCACCUGCCCAAUGCUUAGAAGUGAAGCCAGAAUAUCCUGCAGAUUCAGGGAUUACUUAUUGAUCAGUUCCUUCAUAAAAGCAGAAGCAUCUGGUUGGCCACUGUGGAAAAAGGAUGCUGGGCUGGAUAGGGCUAGGGCAGGCAUAGGCAAACUCGCCCUCCUCCAUGACCUGUUAGCGAGGGAUGAUGGGAGUUGUAGUCCCAAAACAUCUGGAGGGCUGAGUUUGCCUAUGCCUGGGCUACGGCCUCAUCCAGGCUCUUCUUGCAUCUUUGAAGAUGUAAGCAUACCUCUUUGGUGGGACAGAGGGAUGCUGCUCCAGUGGUUAGACUGUUGGUUUGGAUAGAGUAAGUGACUGGAGCAUAGCUUUGCAAUGGGGAGCAGGGCUGUAUGUUGCACAGGCCACAAAUUCAGAAUCAUGGCUGUUCUAGGUGGGGGCAAAUAACCACACUAGUUUCUCAAAAUAUGUACCUUUCCAUACAUCAGCCUCUGGGAGACCAUUCCAAAGCCCUGAGGCCACUGGAAGAAAGGCUUCCUGAGACUGACCUGGCCUCCUGAAGCGAUGGAACUCAAGGCUGGGAUCCUGAAGCUGUUAUUUACUGGCUCAGUGGCACAUGUGAAAGGAGGGGAUCCUAAAGACCCCAGGCUUAGAGAGGUUUUAAAGGUCAAUAUGACCACAAAUGGUCUCUAGAACUGUUGGACCUCUUGGCAAGGAAAUGCAAAAAAAAAAAAAAAAAAAGGAAGAAGAAGAAGAAGAAGAAAGAAAGAAAGAAAAGAAAAGAAAAGAAAAGAAAAGGCCAAAGUUAUUUUUAGUAGUGCCCUGAAACAAAUGUUGGUUUUAGUUGAUUUUAGUAUUGUAUUUUUGAUUUUAUUUUGGCUUAUAUUUUUUCACAAGCCAUUUUGUGUGUGGGGGGAAGGGUGGAUUCCUGAAAAGUGGUCUACAAAUCUGUUAGAUGAAAAAUAAAGAGGGACAACUGCUUGAAAACAAGGUUCAAAUUGGGUGCCUCCUGAACAACCAAAAGUGCUUGAAACUUGUGGGCAGAAGGAUCUGCCGGUGGAAAUAUUUAGGAUUACGUAGGCGAGAGGGACACAGCCAUCGGGGUUCUUUCCUUGCCCUCUUUCAGCCACGCAAGAUGGCUUGUUACGAUUCCCAUGAGCUGCUGCUGCUGGAUGAAAUCACCAAAGUCUGUCAUCACAACAUACUCUCUGGUUUCAAGAAGCAUAACGCGGAAGAGCCACACCCUGUUCAACCCUUUCAGCUCCGGCUGCUGAAGCCGCUCACCUCCUACCAGGCAGGGCUCAGAAGCUGCCAUGGCCUAGUUAGGAGAUGAGCUUCGCAGGGCGAUGGUGACUGCCAGCCACGUGGCCUUGGGUUGGUCACGUUCUGUGUUGUGGUGGGUGGCAAGGCCUUCCGGUGCAAUUCCAGCUGGGCAGGAACUUGGGGACUGGUUUAUAGCGCCUUCUGACAGUAGAGUGAAAGACCUAUAAAAAUUGAGAUGGUUAUUAUUAGGUUUUUACUAGUUUCUUUCAUGUAAUUUGGGGUGCUGCAGCGCAUUCCACUAUUGGGCAGCGUGGCUGAAGCUGCCUAUGCUCAGGUGGGGACUGGAUCUGCCCCAUGUGGAUGGCGGUCAGGCUGGCCACUGCCAGCAGUUACAGCAGGAGGCAGCUGAUGGCCCAGAUGGCAAGAGGACCAUUAAGUUUCCAGCUGAGGCUGUAGACCAGCCUUCCCCAACCUGGUGCCCUCCAGAUCUUUCAGACUACAACUCUCACCUCUCACCAGCCCCUAGCAUUUUAUGACUAUGCUGGAUGAGGCUGAUGAGAGUCUGAAACGUCUGGAGGGAACCAGGUUGGGAAAGGUUGGCAGAGAGAGAAUUUCGGCUCCAUGCUGACUUUUCUGCUCUUGAAAUGAUGCUAGUGCGUACAUUUCUGUUCCCGCGCCUUGAUUUGAUAUCUCUUCUGUUCUCAGUCUUCUGUCUGGCAAGACAGGAACUAGGUAUGUAUCCACAGUAAGAGACGUGUCUGAAAUGUAUGGAAGGGAAGAGAAAUCAAUUUGGCCCACAUUGAAUGGACCUAGGAUUGACUCACUGCAAAAGUAGCAUCCCUUCCCAGGAUAUACAUUUAAUGAGAGGAGGUAUUGACACUUCCUCUUGUCCUAUGCCUAGAAAGUAUGGGUCUGAGUGGUGUUCUCCUUGCUCUGCUCCUUUCCCAAGGAAAGCCUGCCCUUAAGCUCACAACAACAACAAUCUGCAGAAACCCAAUGGCUGUUUGCUCCAAUUGAGCACUAAAGAGUUGUUUUUCCCAGAGGAAAGCAGCGGGACAAGAGGAAGUGUGGAUAAGCCCUGAGUCAGACCACUCUGCCAUUUAGCCCAAAAUUGUCUGCCCUCAGAAGUGCUGGCUCUUUCCCUGUCCUGGACCUUGGAUCCUUUUUAACUGGGAUUGAAACCAGGUCUUUCUCUGUGCCAGGAUUGCACAUCACCACUUGUGCAAUCCAAAGGUUGCAUGCCUGGCACGCUCUGCAGCAUUGCAAGGGAUCCUGCACGUCUUGGACCAUCUGCUGCUUCCCUGCCGCUGAUGUUGCCAUGUGCUGCUUCCCCAGGCAACAACUUUGCCUGCUUGCAGAGUGACGGUCUGGCUGAGCUUGCUGACAGCAACCUUGGUUUGCUGUUCAACCUUGAACUGAACUCGGAUCCUUGCACACCAUUCAGCUUGUCACCAGCACUGCUAAGGAAAGGGCAGCUGCUUUGCCCCUUCUAAUUGCUUCUGUUCCUCCUUUCUGUAUAUUGCAUCUAGUUUGCAGGAUACUCUGCAAGGCAUGCCCCUCUUGCUCCCUUUUUACAGGCUGGGGUGUGGAUUUUCCCGGAUGGAGCUGGGCCUUCCAGGUGUUGAAAAAUCUAUGCUCAACUCUGUUUGUUUUUUCCCUUUGUGAACCAGACCCCACCACUGUGGGUCAGCCAAGACCAGACACCUGUUGCUCUAGGCACCCAAGAGGGAUCAUCGCAAAGGGCCUUGGCUCCACAAAUAUGUAAAGGGCCUCUAUGCUGAAAUUCAAACCAGUUUGAAAGCGAUUUAGAUGUCACAUCUCCCUGCCUCCCUCCACCCACAUGUACUGGUGUUAUGUUUAGCUUUGUGCAGGGAGGGCAGGGCACCGCCUGGAGCUGUAUUGCUGGUGCACAGGCUCAAUCCCCCACUCAGGCCACCAGGACAGGACCCUCUGCACUGAACAGCCUCCCCCAGCCUUGGCUGAGGCUGAUGGGAGUUGUAGUCCAGUCCAUCUGGAGAGCGCCAGGUUGGGGAAGGCCGGCCUAGAACUAUAGCUCCCUGGCUGAGAUUCAGGGCAGUUAAGGUGUUUUCCAAGGGCUUAAUAUAUGUACUGUGGCAAUAGAGGUUUUGUAUACCAAAAGCAAAUAAUUAAACUCGGCCCAGUGGCAUAUUGGGAGCCAGUGCAAUUUGUUUAGCAAAGGCAUUACAUGUUGGGGCUUAGGGUGCUGCGUUAAGCAAUCUGCAGCAGCUGCAGCCUCUGGACCCACCUUAAGGGCAGCCCCACAUAGAGUGCCUUGCAGUAAUCCAGCUUUGAUAUUAGCAGUGCAUGUGGUCAAGGAAUGGUCAUAGUUGGGAUACUAGCCGAAGCUGGCGAAAGAAUCCUCUCUCGCUUUCCAACAUACUUGGGUUUCCUUAUUGUAUCCUCCUCACAUCUACUCCAUGGAGUAGGCUUAGGCAGGGGGAGAGCGGGGCUGAAGUCACCCAGUGAGCUUCCUGGCUUGGUGGGGCUUGGCGUCCAGUUGAAGGACAGCCCACUCUCCUUGGCUGUGCAAUGCCUCCUAUUCUGGACUAAUGAAUACAGCAGGCAGGGGGGUAAGUGCAGGUAUGUGGCACAAAGCCACAAAAAUAUCCCAGCAAGGCCGUCUGCCCACAGGCCAGGCAUGAAACAGGAUUUCUUGGCUAAGCUGCCCAUUCUGAAGACUCGCAGGGCGUGUUCACGCAUGAAGUGCUUGGUGAAAUUUUGCCUGGUGCUUGUGUUCUUUCUUUUUUCUUAAGAAGAAAACUCUCAAGUGCUGGGCCAGGUGAUUUCCUGGGACCAGUUUGUUCCCACCUAUCUACUGCAGUAGGGACGCGGGUGGCGCUGUGGGUUAAACCACAGAGCCUAGGACUUGCUGAUCAGAAGGUCGACGGUUCGAAUCCCCGUGACGGGGUGAGCUCCCGUUGCUCAGUCCCUGCCCCUGCCAACCUAGCAGUUCGAAAACACGUCAAAGUGCAAGUAGAUAAAUAGGUACCGCUCCGGCGGGAAGGUAAACGGCGUUUCCGUGUGCUGCUCUGGUUCGCCAGAAGCAGCUUAGUCAUGCUGGUCACAUGACCCAGAAGCUGUACACCGGCUCCCUCGGCCAAUAAAGCGAGAUGAGUGCCGCAACCCCAAAGUCGGUCACGACUGGACCUAAUGGUCAGGGGUCCCUUUACCUUUAUCUACUGCAGUAGGACCCCCAGAGCCUCACACAGACAUCUCCCUUGCUUCGUAUGUUAAAACAGCCUUUCCAAUGGCUGGCUGGGACUAAUGGGAGUUGUAGUCCAAAAGCAUCUGAAAGGCUGCAUUAAGUCUUCUCCCUACCACCAUAUGAGGGCUCUUGAAUUGCCGCCUCCUCCUUAAUGAUUGCUCCAGCAUCCUGUGUUAUCCACACAUCCAUCCAUUCUGACUGUGCCUGCAAGCUUUAACAAAUUAAUUGGUGCAAUUUGUCAACGGAUGGUUUAAAAGGCACCUUCACUGUAAUUUUGUAAUUUGUAUAUUUAUAUAGAUGCCAUUGAUUAAAGGCCAGGCUGAUUACAGAAUCUUUUCUUGACCUCUCUACCCACUGCGAGCUGAGAUUGGGGGAAGGCCAGAGCUGGAAAACUCCUUAAAAAGAAUUCCUCGCCGUCAUGUUGCACAGAGUGUGAAAGCAGCCUCUGCCAACCUGGCGCCCUCCAGAUGUUGUUGGACUGCAAGCUGGUGUGCAGACCUGGGGCUGAUGAGAGUUGUAGCCCAACAACAUUUGGAGGGUGCUGGGUUGGCAAGGACAGGGGCAAUUAAAGAAAAAGAUUUCUGCGUGACUGCCUCAAACUAUAUCUGAUUUCUCUGUGCUCUGGAGACCAGCUAGGGAUUUCACACAGGUGCCAGCUGUCAGAAAAGGAAAAGCAGGCUGCAUUUGUGCAGUGCAGAGUUGUCAUAAUGAAACAAACUUGUCCACAAGGAAGGAGUUCCUCUUUGUGCCUGUCAGCUGGAAGUGGGCUUCUGUGACCAAAGAGAAGAGCCAUUGUUAAUAUUUCCCAAAGUCUUCACUGUGGUUUUUGUCGUUUUAGCAGCUUGCAACUGCAUAUUUAUUUGUCCUCAUGGGCUGCAAUUGCAAGGCAGAGUGGGUUUGUUUUAAUAAACAGAAAACAUGUGUGUGCACAGAUGCCUCUCCCUUCCACAGCUCAACCCUGGGUUAUAAUAGGGAGCCCAGACUGAGGCUGUUGGUGCUUAUAUCUGUGUUUGGGUUCUUUUUUGUUUUAAAAGCAAGCGGAGCUCUUGGCUUGGCUGUUAUUUUGUGGCAAGGAGUUCCACAAGUCAGUUGGUGGGAAGAAAAGCUGCUCCCUGUUUUUUCCCCAUUCCUUCCUUGGCCUGGGCAUCCUUACCUGGAAACAAGUAAGCAGAAAGCUUCCAUAACAGAAUCCAGAGAACUGUAGUUUCUGCUCAGAGUUACAAUUCCCAACACACUUCGCAAACUUCAUUUCCCGGGGUUCUUUUGUGGGAUCCCUGUGGUUUAAGUGUGUGUCUCAUAUGGUGCGCACAAGAUGAGAGAAUGCAUAACAUUGUGCUGUUGAAGUAUCUUCUCUUCCCUCCUUUAGGCAGGCUCCUGGUAACUUUUAUUUUUAAAAGUCUGAAACAGUCGGGGACCCUCCCUGUUUAUACAAACAUCCAUCCCAACUGCUGCUUUUAAACUGCAUUUCCCCCUACAGCUACCUGGCUGAGUUCCUCUCUUCUGUUAAUAAACAGUAUCCUUGCCAUCUCUUGGCUCCUCAAAAAGGAAGGGUACAGUCCACUUAACCCUUUCAUGAAUGACAGGUUACGCAACCCGGAAGUUAAAAUUCAGCCUACUUUGAAAAAUGACUUUCCCAACAAAUGGGAUUAUUCUCCUUCUCCUCCGACCCCAGCUGUGCAUUUACACACACAGGAUCUGACAUUGCAUUGCUGCGAAACCUGCAAGCGCUGAAAUACGUGGUCUUGUGUACACUUCAUUUUCAUCACAGAGCAGCGCUAGUUUGAAGCUCAUGUCUCUUUUCCUGUACUAGGAAUGCCUGGGAAUUUGAGUGGGUGUGAAAUUUAAAGAGAGUUUGAGGUUACUUCGUUGAAUCACAAGGGAUGAAAGAGACCUGUAAGCUUGGUCCAAAGGCAGGAUGCCUAUGGGCAUCAACGCCACCCCCUCCGCCCCAAGAUUUGACUCCCAUAAUCCCGGCCACAAAUGGCAUACCAAGGCAUCUGCAAAGCAACUAGAUCCAGAUGACUCAAGCAAGCGAGUCCAGUUCAGUACUGUAGAGAAAAGGGCCAUUCUGCUUCCAUACAGUUCCUCUUCUGAGGAACACUGGCCAAGCUACCCAGUGUUAGAAACUCAGAUAUAUUAGCUAGGCGCCAAAUGGCUCAUUAAACCAGGGUUGCAGUUGCCAAAACGGAAUGCCUAGUUGUCAUUUUUGGGCCAGACAUCUCGAAAGUCGUAUUUUUCAAUACGACUUUUUGGCUUCUGAAAUUCUUUCUGAUCAAAUAUAACAAAUAGAAUUCUACAGGAUGUGUUGUCAGUAUCUGAAAACAGUCAAGACCCAAGGAUCCCCAGGCAUGCAACUCCAGAUGGUGGAGACGUCAGGCGCCAUCCUGGCAACCAAACAUCUUCACUUGGUCGCAAGUGGCCAAUAGCCAGGUGCAAAAUGCACCAGGUGUCUGGUGAAUUUCGAGCGCUGAUGAUCGUUCUGUGGAGGCAGCAUGCUUCUGAAUGCCAGUUGCUAUGAUGUACAAGUUGGGAGAGUACCCUUGCUCUCAAGUCCUGCUUUUUGGCUUCCCAUUAGGGCAUCUGGCUGACCACUGAAAGAACAGGAUGCUGAACUAGAAACCCUAACCCCCUUAAUCUACUAGGGCUCUUUUUUCAGUUUUUCUAGGUAGGCUCCUGCUUCUUGAUCUGCCUGGCACAGUGGCACCGCCUGCAUCAGUUGUGGACCCCUUGUUUUUACUGUGUAAUAUCAGUGGGGCAGGGGAGCAGCACAGCACACUUGGCCUGGUUUCCAGGCCAUUCCCAGACCAAAUGAUGCCUAGCAGCAGGGCUGGGGAAAAUCCAUCAGAGCUGGGCACAAAGUGGUAGAGGGCACAGCUCAGUGGCAGAGUCCCCUGGGAAAGGGGAAGAGUCCUGCUAGGGAGCCUAGAGAGUCUUCCCUAAGCGGAGCAGGGAACGACAGAUGGAUCAGUGCUCCCCUUCAUUCCAAGGCAGCCUGAAGCAGAGCCGGCCUGGUCGUUAGGCAAAGUGCGGCAAAAUGUCUUGGGCCAGCUGUGGCUUCAGGUGAACAUGAAACAGCAGGUGAGAGCAGGAUAUAAUAAAUCAGCAUCUAUCUAUCUAUCUAUCUAUCUAUCUAUCUAUCUAUCUAUCAGAUGUCUUACCUGCUAUGAAGCUGCAGGGUUGGUCACAACAAUAUAACUUGCAGUUCAAAAAACAUUUACUAUAAAACCAUUACAAGGAUAAAAAACAAGGAAAACCAUUCCAGAUGAACAGAAGAGUAUACAUUCAGCAGAAAUAGGUGAGUCCCACAAAACAGAAUGUUUUAGCUGUCAAAGGCUGGGGGAAAAGAGUUGUAUCUUUUAGCAUUAAGUCGGAAAAUGUGGAGAGGGAGCAUUUUCACUGAGACUGUUUCAAGGAGAAAGGGUUUAACUCUCCCUGAUUUGCAAGGGCCGGAUGCUGCAAUUUCUUCUCCCACCCUGCAUUGCUUGGCUGCUGUUUACUUUUCUGAAAAAAAACCUCAAUACAGUGGUACCUCGGGUUAAGUACUUAAUUCGUUCCAGAGGUCCGUACUUAACCUGAAACUGUUCUUAACCUGAAGCACCACUUUAGCUAAUGGGACCUCCUGCUGCCGCCGCGUUGCCGGAGCACGAUUUCUGUUCUCAUUCUGAAGCAAAGUUCUUAACCUGAGGUAAUAUUUCUGGGUUAGCAGAGUCUGUAAUCUGAAGCGUAUGUAACCUGAAGCAUAUGUAACCCGAAGUACCACUGUAGUGCAUGUUAAUUGCACUAUUAAGUCAUUAAUUGCCCAAUUAAGUCACAUCUAAUUUGGUCCUCAGGUAACAGUGCUAAAGGGAUCCUGGCUCAGAGGUAGAGAACAAUUCUGGGUUCAGAGGGACCAUUGGCUUGGCUAGGCAUAAGACAGCAUGCUAAAUUCCUAAGAUAGCAGUGGCUUUCCCAAAUGAAACCACCCAAUGAGGCUGAGAUGAGCCUGUAAUGGAGACUGCACUCCUACCUGACACUGUCUCUAGCUGCAUCAGUCUACAAAGCAACCAGGACGCAUAGGAAGAAUGCAGAGAUGUGAGAUGUUGGUGACAAGGUGAUGUGUGACAAGAUGCCAUUUAUUUUGUAGGGUUCAAUUGCAUGCUGUGCUAGAAAGGCUCCCUGGGUCCUUCAGCUGUUACUAAGCACACUGUUGCUGGCCUCAACCUUAAUUGCUUAAAUAGUUUCCAAGUGUUUGUGAAAUAAUUUUGUUAAUCUGCAGGGCGCAGAAGGCCAAGAGUGACAUUUCUGAAAAUGUGGGCAACAGGAAUCCAGUGUCUGGUUUGAGCUGGAAACCAGGGUGAGCUUCUCAGACUGAACAAAGAGAGGUGUGCCUCUUCCACCUGGAGGGGAGGGGGAAGUGCAAGAAAUGCUUUUGCAAACAGCAUAAUCUGAGAUCUGAUUUUUAAAACUCACCAAAUUGUUUUGGAGUCAGAUUUCUGUGUAUGAGGAACGUGCUCUUUCUUAAGACAAUAUGAUCAUUGACAUGGUCUCUGGCACAGGAGAGGGUGAGAAAUGAAGGUGAAGAGCUGAACAAAUAUGAAUUAGAACGGAUUUGACUUGUCAAACCGGUGUAGGUGCCUUUGAGUUUCUGUAUUUCUCCAGCUUCAGGUGAGGAAGUCAGGGGCACUUCAGUGAGGGCUGCCAUCUUAGGCACCCUUGCCUGGGUGCAAGUCCCAUGGAACCCAGUGAGCUGACUGCACGGGAGCAGGUGGAAUGGGAAACAUUUCUUUCCAUCGAUUUGGAUCUUGGUUUCAGCAGGAGGAAGGCACAAGCAGCAGGGACCGAAAUCAGGUCUCAGCAGGAAAUAGCUGGCAAACGCUUAGCUUAUUUCUGUUAAUGAUUUCAGAUCUUAACUUAGGCUUUUUGGUGUUAGGCUUUUGUUUUCACCCAGAAGGGUUUUUGUUUCCUUCUUGAGGGACCCAGAAACUCAAGUGCCUUUCUGUAAACUGCUUAGACUCUCCCAAAACUUGGUUUCACCCGCUAACCCCCAAUGACCCAUAACAUACUCAGGAGUUUCAUUUAAUCAGCUUUACUCAUUAAGCUUUCCUUCCAUUCCCUUUUACAGAUUUCAGCCCUUGGCAGGGAGGGGGCGUCCUGCUGAAGUAAAUUCCAGAUUUGGUGCCCAUUUUUAGGGCACUGCAAGGCUGCCAGUUUGCAUACAUCUGCUUUUCAUACAUUCUGUUUUCUUUGAAUUUUGAAUUAUUGGCAAGGGGCAGGACAGAUGCUGCCAUGGCAUCUUAGGCAAAGGUAAAGGACCCCUGGACCGUUAAGUCCAGUCGAAUUUGACUAUGGGGUGUGGAGCUCAUCUCGCUUCAGGCCAAGGGAGCCAGCGUUUGUCCACAGACAGCUUUCUGGGUCAUGUAGCCAGCAUGACUAAACUGCUUCUGGUGCAACGGGACACAGUGACGAGUGCCAGAGCAGCGCACGGAAAUGCCGUUUACCGGCACCUUCCCACUGCAGUGGUACCUAUUUAUCUACUUGUAUUGGUAUGCUUUUGAACUGCUGGGACAGAACAAAGAGAGCUCACCCCAUCACGCGGAUUCGAACCACCAACCUUCUGAUCGGCAAGCCCAAGAGGCUCAUUGGUUUAGACCACAGCGCCACCCACUCCCUUUCAUGGCAUCUUAAAGGACAGGGUGGGCCAUAGGGCAAAAAAUAACAGCUGCAGGGGUGUCCUAUGACCAUUGGGUGGGGCCGUAGGUCAGUGAUGGUAGAGCAGAAUUUGCAUUUGGGUGAAGGAGAAAUCCAUUUGAAAUAGAUUUACACAUGGAUUUUGCUGGGUCCGAUCCAAUUGGGCUUCGCUUGCAAUGGAUUGCCUCUCAUAUUCAGGACCCGCUUUUAUGCCAUCUGCCUGUGCAAUGUCUGGUGUCCUUUCUUUUGUUUUGUAAGCCUGACUAAUUACAUAGAAAAUGACUCAUUUUUUAAAACAUAGGUUAUACAUAUAAAUGUAUAAAAAAGAGCCAUAUGAUGUACAAUAUUUUGUGCAGAAGAAUGUUACCAGUAUAUUGCUACAUAUGAGUUUUAUAAAGUAAUAUGCAUCUGUAUAUGUCCUGGUUACUUUCUGCUUUAUAACUUGUGUAUAGUAUUGUACGCAUAAUAAUAUAAUUUGUGAGAUUUCCUUGUAUUUGUAGCAGAACAGGGGACCUCACUUCUAGUCAAGAUUAAGGAGCAAGUUGGGGUUUGGGGUAGGGAAUCUCUUGAGAUAGUCAGAAGAUCUAUCCCUUUUUGGCAUGCCGAAAGCCCAAAGAUUAGAAUCUAUGGCAUUUUAAAAUAAUUUUUUGAAUAGGGCUGCUGGGAAAGAAAUACUGCCCGCCCGCCCCCCCCAUUUUUCUGAGACCUUACAGUCCCACUGCUGGCCUGAUGCUAGGCCUGGCUCAGUAGUACAAGGCAGUUUCCUGUAUUCUCUGAAAGACUUGCCAAAGGCCCUUCCUGGAUGCUGACAUUUCUUUAAAAGCGCUUGUGAUGUGAUAUGUAAUUUGAGUAUUUUCCACCUGCCAAUCUGCCUCGAUCAGGGAUAGACAAUGUGGUGCCCUCCAGAUGUUCAGCAAUCAGCUGUAGUCGGCAGAUUGGGAUCUCUUGUGCCCUUGGCAAGGAGCUGUAUUGGCACCCCCCCCAGCCAGCCCCCCCCAAAGACUUUACUGCAAUAGCCACAUUAGAAGUGACUACAUUUUACUUGACCCAAAUACUCGAAGCAUCCAGAGUGAGUGCGAGGGUGAAGGGCAAAAAAUAAAAAUAAAAGUGCAUGUGUUUAUGCUGUGAGAAGAAUGGGAAGUUUCUCCCACAUUUCAACUUGCUGCAACAGGAGCGUCACGUCAGCACACACAUUUACACCAUGCACUCCAUAGUCUGCUAGGUGAUUUUUUGCACCCAUACUCAUCCCAGCCCUGUGUUCCGGCAGAGUUUGGUUUCACCAACCCCUAGGUAUGCCUCUGGCAGGCAGUAUGGCCAGUGGUCAGGGCUGACGGGAGUUUGAGUCCAUCUACAUCUGGAACCCCCUGGCCUAGUACCACAGAAGACCAUGGGAUAUAUUUGGGAACCCCUAAUCACACCAGGAUCUUCAGCCUUGCUCCAAACUGUGAGCAAAUGUUAGACCAUGCCAUAAAAUGUAUGUACUGCUAGAUUUUGAGGGAAAAACCUUAGAGCAGUUCACAAAAGAAUAAAACAAUAAAAUUGUCAAUAAAAACGGUUAAAGCAGCUGUUUAAAACGUUCAAAAGAUAAUUAAACAAUAAGCUAAAAACUGAUUAAAACACAAGUCAGCAUUCUACAUAUCGGGGCAAGCUUGCCUGAAAAGAAAAGUUUUUAGUAGGCACUGAAAAGAAGUGAAGGUGCUUGCCUGCCUCAUAUCAAUAGGCAGGGAGUUCCAAAGUGUAGGUGCUGCCACACUGAAAGAUUGAUAUAUUACAACUGCAGAAUGAGGAUUAUGAGGUACCAGCAACCGUACAAGUUCCACUCUUAUGCUCAGGGGGUUCUCUGGUGGAUGUUGCUACACCUUCACUGGUCAACUUAAGCGAAGGCGGCUGCAAACGGGGGGAUAUUUAACCUGGUGCCCACCAGAGAUGGGCUGAAUGAAGCAGCUGCCACCAUUUUCAUUUUGAGGGGAAGGUAGCGGCAGAGGACAGCCUACCUAAGGCCCUCUUAUGCAUGGCACUGGCACUUGCAUGGGCCAGAAUGUGCAAACUUGUAAGCUUCACAGAACUGUUUGUCAUAGGUGAUAAAUAAUGGCCUGGUUUGCACAUUACAUUAAAUUGUGGUUGAAGAAACCAUGAGUUGUCCCAGCAACAAUUAACCAAACCAUAGCUUGUUUGUCCAAAGUCUGUUUUGUUUCCCAGCUGCUCUUGCUUUGUGCCUUAGCAGUUUGGCAGUUUUGUGGGGAAAUUGCCAAGGAAAUCAAAAGGUGACAGAAAAUUAAAGUGGGACAGAAUGUUGGGGAAAGAGAACAAAUGAAUGUGCAUGGGUGAAGAAGGGAAUUGAGGUGGAUGGAUGGAUGGAUGGAUGGAUGGAUAGAUAGAUAAGCUUCAGACAAGUAAAAUUAUAAUGCUUUUGACUGUUAAAGGACUUCCACAGGUAUGGUGAAGGAUAGCUAGAUUCUGAGUCACUUUUUUGUCCUCCCCCUAAAAUGCUGCCGCCUUGUGGACUCUGUCAGCCAAGGCGUCCACCUGUGCCCGGGCAGGCCCCCAGAACAUGUCAAUCAGAAAGAGGGAUUUGGAGCAUGUGCAAUAUCUCUUUCCUGCUCCAGUGAGCACCCCCAAGUCAGGGGGGUGCAAUAUUCAGGCAAACUUUUAGCUGGGCCACCCCUCACUUUUUGGAAACAAAACCCUUCUGGUGACACUGGAGGAGUGAGAUCGAGAGAUGGAGCUAGGAGGCAGCAAAGCUGUCAGGGCAGGAAGAAGACAAGAGGCCAACCCCCCCCACGCGCCCCUCCCCUUUGCCUGCUGCGAUUGGCUCCGUGACCAAGCAAGGGAGGGAGCGAGUGGGUGCUGAAAGCAGGCAGCGGCCCAGAGACACAGGGAUGGGAAGGCAGAGCUGAGCCCUGUGCGCCUCUCCCUCUUUCUCUCUCUCUCUCUCUGCGCCACGGAAACCCAGCCAAGGAGAAAGAAGGCUUGCCUGGCUCAGUCAUGUAAGCACCCUGUUCCUCCUCCUCCUCCUCCUCCUCCUCCUCCCAGCAACAAGGGGGUGGGUGGGGCAGGGUGAGGAGGAAGAGACGGGGAAAGGUGCCUGUUGCACCUACGGGCACCAUGGGCAACUCGUACCACAAGUGGAGCCCCCCAAACGCCAAGGGCUGGUCUCUCUGGAACUUUGGCCGCUCCGCAGGGCUGAAGACAGGUACGGGCUUGUCAGGUGGGGAGCCUGCGGGAGGCCUGGCAGGGAGGGUGUGGCUGGGGAGUCGCUGUGGGGCAGCCACUUUGGGGAAGGGACCAAAAGGGGCAAAUAUCCCCAUGACUUACCCUCGCCCCUGCCCAAAUCUCCAGAGUACAAAACUCCUCCGUGGGCCCUUAACUUCCAGGUUCAUCCCUCCUCAAAGUGGCAGAUACGGUGGGGGCAGACUCUGGCUUUUCUCAGGUAUGAGGGAAACCUAACCUGGCAUGUGCUUAGAGGCAUUCCUGUCUUCACAUGAUCCAGAGCAGCUUCCUGUGGCUGCUGGGAGUUGUAGUCCAAAACAGGGAGCCGUGGCCUAGCUAUGAAGUCAGAUUCUAGGGUUGAAUCGGAGCUCUCAUUUCUCUGGCGGUUCUGAAAUCUGAGGUCCAGAGAUGCUCUUCCGCACCUGGCUCUUUACCCUGCUGUCCCAGAGUCCCUGGCGCCUCUUGCUUGGGGACCCAGCUAGGAAAUUGCAGCUGGGAAAUACACUUCACCAUUGCAAGAUCCUCACGUCAAAACGCAAGGGAGACUGUCUCCCGGUUUCAUUGAAAAAGCAAUUUGCGAAGGUGCUCUGCAGUCCUGAAGGAACCAAAUCUGAAAUUAAACCAGGGCUCAGUUUUUAUUUUAUUUAUCACAAGAUCUGCAUAACACUUGUCCGUUGCCAGAUUUGUAAGGCAGCUACGAAAGCACCAGAAAAGAUCCAGCAAUAAUUUUAAAAAAUGAUGAAUGUAACAAUCGUGCAUUUGCCAACACAUGUGUCAUAUAGGAACACUGAACAGACAGCCAGCUUGGGCUGUGGCUUUUGGUUUGAUUGUGCAUUGAGUGGCAAACUUUGGGUUGUUGUGGUGGUUUCUCCUUGUUGUUGGAGCUCCUUUGCUGUUUCAAAAGAGCUGCUUCCCUGCCAUGUUCUGAGAAACCUGGGGGCUGUCCUUGGGCCAUCUCUGGUGUUGCAACCAGCCCUGAGGCUGCUUUGUGGGUUUCUAGGGCUGGUGCUUUGCUAAUAUAAGCACCCCACAGAGGAGAUCACUCCCCUGGAAUCAGCCUAACUAAUCUGGAAGGACUGUUCUUCUGUAGAGUCAGUGGCCUGGAUUAGAAUAUCCUCUCCAUCCAUUAGGAAAAAAUCAGAAGGCCAGGGAAACGCAAGCUCUUCCUCUUGCUUAAAAUCUUUUAGAGCCUUCCACCCUUUUACUACUUGGAGUGUGAAUGCCAUCCUCAAAACUAAGGUUGCCAACUGUUUUUCCAGCCUCUGUGCCUGCACCUCUAAAAGAAGCCUUAUAGGUAUUAGCAGAAUAGAAAGCUUAUCUCCAUGUUGUGAAGAGCUCAGUCUAUAGGUUUCUGCAGAUUAUUCUGAUAUUAAAGGCAAUGGAGCAGGGCUCCCCCACCCCACCCAGGUCAGCUUGUAACCCCAGUAUCCCCCUUCUCAUUCACAUCCAAUAUUACCAGCCAAUAUCCCAAGGCCCAUUGUACAAAUCCAGGUUUGACUGCACUUGGAGUACUGUUUUGUUUUUUUUUAGUUUUUUUUUAAUUAAAUUUUCCAACAUACAUUUAUAGUAUCCAAUCUAAAUGUAUCACAUAUUUUCUCUUUUAGACUUCCUUCAACCUCUCUGACAAUCAUCCAUUAUUCAAAUUUUUAAAUACGCAUUUCCUAAUUUUAUAUUGCAUUUUAUAAACCUUCACACACUUAGUUUUCAUCAAUACAAUAGUCCUCUAUCAUUUACAGAACUUCUUGAAAUCCCACUAGUGUUAUUUGCUCAUCACAUACACAUUUCAGAUAGUCUGAAAAUUUUCCCCAGUCUUCAAUGAACUUUUGAUCUCGUAUAUAUCUGAUCUUUCCUGUUAGUUUGUCCAGUUCAGCAUACUCCAUCAGUUUCAUUCUCCAUUCUUCGAGCGUCGGCAGUUGUUCCUGUUUCCAUUUUUGGGCCAAUAAUAUUCUCGCUGCUGUUACUGCAUAUUGGAAAAGUUUACAGUCCAUUCUAUUUAUUUCAUUUCCUACUAUUCCUAGAAGAAAAGCCUCUGGUUUCUUAACAAACGUAUAUUUCAACAUCUUUUUCAUCUUAUUAUAUAUCAUUUCCCAGAAGCCCUUCACCUUCUUACAAUCCCACCACAUAUGAUAAAAUGUUCCUUCUUUUUCUUUACAUUUCCAACACUUAUUACAUGUUUUAUACAUUUUUGCCAGUUUCACAGGUGUGAUGUACCAUCUAUAAAUCAUUUUCAUAACAUUUUCCUUUAACGCAGUACAUGCCGUAAAUUUUAUAUUUUCAUUCCACAGUUUUAUACUUGGAGUACUGUUUCAGUUCUGGUCACCUCGCCUCUACAAGGACAUUGUAGAGUUGAUUCAGAAAAGGGCAACCAAAACAUUCAAGGCAAUGGAGCAACUCCUCCAUGAGGAACGGUUGCAACAUCUGGGAUUUUUUAGUUCAGAGGAAAGGGCAAAUAAGAGGCGACAUGAUAUAAGUUCAUAAAAUGAUGCGUGGCAAGGAGAAAGUGGAGAGAGGAAAGUUUCCCUCCCCCUCUCAUAGCACUAGAACUCGUGGGCAUUCAGUGAAGCUAAAUGUGAAGAUUCGGGACAGAUAAUAAGAAAGUACCAGUAUUUCUUCAUAUAGUACACAGUUAACUGUGGAGUUCCCUCCUGUGGGAGGCAGUGAUGGCCACCGAGUUGGAUGGCUUUAAAAGAGGAAUGGAGAGAUUCAUGGAGGAGAAAGCUAUCCGUGGCUCCUCGCCAUGAUAGCUGUGCUCUGCCACUGCUGUCAGAGGGAGUAAACUUCUGAAUACCAGUUGCUGGAAACUGCAGGAGGGGACAGUGCUGCUGUGCUCAGGUCCUGCUUGCAUUCUUCCCAUGGGUAGCUGGUUGGCCACUGGGCUAGAUGGGCUAUUGGCCUGAUCCAGCAGCAGUGGUGGACACUGGAGUCUCAAAUUUCAGCAGUGCCCUGUGUGACGCAAAAAUUCGGCACCCUGCCCCCCACCUCUCACGCUCCGUUCUACAGCAUUAAUGUGGCGCCCCUUGCAGUGUGGCGCCCUGUGUGGCCGAACCCUAAAACCGCCUCUGCCAGCAGACAUUUAUAUUUUCAUCCAGCUGUUUCUCUGUGUUUCAGUCUCCCCCAAUCUGAAUGCCCUCCUGGCUGGGGCUAAUGAGAGUUGUGGUCCAAAACAACUAGAGGGUACCCAGGUUGAGGACGGCUGCUCUAUUCGUUGCUUGUUCUCCUUGCCCCGCCUCUUAGUCUCCCUCCCCAUUGUCAAAGUAUAGAUUAAACAUACAGAGCAGCUGACACCCCUCUUAUUUGCUUAUGCCACCUUGCAAAGUGUCAGAUACAUUGAUGGAUUACAAUAAUAAUAAUAAUUUUAUGUUAAUAUCUUGAUACAUUUUUUUAAUGCCGCCUUGGGUGCUCCUGUGUGUAGAAAGACGGGAUAAAAAUUCCCCAGCUUGUUUCAAGGAUAUUAAGAAGCAGCUAAUUGGUGAUCAGGUGUCCUUGAGUGUGCUGAGCGCUGGUCUUUUGGAGCAUAAGGAGAGACUGUGGCUGUGAAUACACUUUGUACUUUUCCCCCCUAGCAGGCUGGUAGUAUAAAUGUUGUUUGCCUAAUUAACAGCCGCUGGAUUAGGGACUCAAAAGUUCACUUUAUUUUUCAGUCUGUUGAUGCGCUUGUGGUUAUAGCAUGUGAUGGAGAGGUCAGGACGCCUGAGUUUUUGUUUUUGGUGUUGCUGCUGAUUCAGGGAAGCCAAGGCCUCUUACCCCCACCCCCACAAAACAGGAAUUUCUGUUUAGCUGAUGUUUUUUUUUUCCCCAAAUGAAAACCUUGACACAAAUGGGGUGAUAAUCCCCGUAAACAGGAAAGUUCAGUUCCUUAAUUUUUUACCGUAAGGUGCUGUUAGUUUAUUCCCCUGCACUAAAGCCCCCUCUCCCCUUCUCUGUUUAACAACAAAGCUUACUGUUUUUUUAGAGGCCAGGUUGUUGCAAAUGCAUUUCCCCUUAGACAAAACAGGCAAAUGUUAAAGGAUCUUCCCUGAUGAUGAUGAUGAUAAUGUUAUUGUACAGGGAUGAUGUUUUUCCCCCUCCAGGCGCCCUUGGGUUCCUGAUCAAUAUGUCUGCUAAAAGAAACUGUACUGAAGAAGUGAGAAAUGAAACUUUUUAAUGUUCAUUAAAUCUGUGCUAGGAUAAGGACCUUGCCUCGUUCUUCACCCACCCUUUUAGUAUGAAUAAAUUGUAAUUCAUCUCUAAAAUGUGAGACUCUUAAGUUUGUGAGUUGCUUGUUGGUGAUGGAAAGGCAGAAGCACUGGGUUUUUAAAAUAAUAAAAUCUUCCGCUUCCCAUGCUGAGCCUUGGCACCAAUAGCACAGCCCAGGGUUGGCUUGAGCAUGAUUGACUCAGAUUAAGUCCUGCUUUCCUGGCUGAAUUCAAAGCCGUGUGGUCACCUGGUCAUGUGCCUCUAAAAGCCACCUGACAUGCAAAAACCUAGCAAGUGAAACUUCCUCCGCAACUUAUUUGAUUGAUUUCUGCAUGCGAGGCUUCAGUGAAAGGCCCAGGGGGAGCAGAACCAAUAAAAAUAGUUGGCGGCCCUAACUCAGAGUUGCCACUUGUAGCCAAGUAUGAGAAGCACCUUAAUGAGUUUCAUUUGGGAUAUGGGAUGGCACCUGACUUGGCCCGAUGUCUUGGCAGAAGAAAGGUUGCUGAGAGUCAGACAUGGAUUUUGCAGGCUUCCUGGGCUGAUUUCUGAAACCCUUCUGUGAAGUGACCUUGGCCAAGACAGCCCUGCUUAUUUGCCUGCUGGUGCGUCAGACUUUCCAGGCAAGGUAUUUUGCAAGAUGUCGUUGGAAAAACACUGUGUGACACGUGUAGCAGUAAUAGUGGUGGAAGAACACCUAUUGCAAUGCCAACGUUUUGGCUCUUGGCACUGUACCAGGCCUUGCUGAAGAGAGGGAGAAAGCCCUGGGCAUGGAUGGAUGGAGUGGUGGCUGAGUCAUCCCCCAAAGUUGGCAUUGCAGGAGUACCCUUGACGCUGCUCUUUGGGUGAUCAGAUGCCAAGGAGGAGAGCUGAACUUUUGUACUUUCCAUUGAAAAAGGAAUCUGGGCAGAUGUGGCCUUUCUGUCUUGCAGGGACUUGAGACAAACAGGUGCCGGCACAAAUCCCUAUUCUGUGCUCCUCUUAAAUCGCCUGCCCUUCCCAUUCCACAUGUGCAGUCUGCGAAAUUUCCCCGUUUUGGAACUAUGAUUACAUAAAGGAACAGGCAGAGGGCCAAACUAGACAUGACACCAUUUGAGCAAUGAGCAAUUGUGCAAGUGCUUUUUUAUAUUUUAAAAACUGAAUAGCAGAUACGGCAUUGGGAUUGGGAAUGCAGGAGGAUGGAUCUGGCAAAGUGUUAAAGGCCCCCUUCCCCUGCUUCCAGCAGCAUCCUAAUCUGCAGUUUAGUACAGACAAGCCAACACCAUCCACAAAUUGCUAAUUGCAUGAAUGGUGUCAUGUCUAGUAUGUGGAGUCCUUUGACCUUGACCUUCGCGAUACUCUGUGAAGUGGGUGAGACUGCUCUGCAGCAGAUGGUUUGAGGUUUGCAUUGGGCUCAGCUUGUUGCUUGUCCCAGCGCCUUCCUUCUGAUUUCUCAGGGUUGACUGUAAAUAUCUUGUAGUGCAUGGCCGAAGCUGAGGUUGCUUGCUGAAGUGGCAUACAAGGUAUACACAGUGGGCCCAGGUUUCAAACACUCUCCAGGACAUACAGGGAAUCCACGCAGUUUAGAAGUGACCUAGGAAGCUUGUGCAUGCAGAUGCUGGGCAGAAGAAAGGGAAGGGAAAUAAUUUUAAAAUGUCAUUUUUUAAAAGAGUGGGACUUAAUCUGGGGUUAGCCCGUGCAUUAAGCAGCACGGCAACAAGCAGGAAUUCUGCAAACAAAUGCAGCGAUUGGAAAACUUUCCUGCUUAUUGUGUUGUGGCUUCCAGAGACUGGGAUUCAUAAGCAUUAUGGCCCCCAGCUGUGGAAGCAGAGCAUUAGCUGUUGAUAGCCUUGCCCUCAGCCUAAUCCUCUUUUAAACCCAUCCAAGUUGGUGUGGCCAUCACCUUUCAUGUUGAACUUGUUGCUCAUGAGAUGCAGCUGGACUCCAGCUCCCAUCAUCCUUGCCUAUUGAGCAUGCUGGUUGAGUCUGAUGGGAAUUUGAGUUCAAGGACAUCUGGCACAAUUCUGAGCUAAGUGGACCAAUGGUCAUAAGGCAACAGCUUCCUGUGUUCCUAAAGCAGACUUUGCCAACCUGGUACCCUCCAGAUGUUGUUGGACAACAACUCCCAUCAGCCCCAGCCAGCCAACAAGGCUGUACUAAAGCAUUUCACAUCCUGUAUAGAAUGGGAUGAGUGGCAUGAUCCCAGACAGUAAUGAGAAUGAUGAUGAUGAUGAUAAUUGUUGUUGUUGUUGUUGUUAUUGUUUCUGUUUCCCUAAAGGAGCCCAGGGUGGCAAACAGAACCCUCCUUUAAAAAAAUCCCCAAGCAAAUCUCCUCACAGCUGAAUAAGUUCACGGCUGCCAUUGGCUUACAGCAGGGGUUUGCUGUCAAGAUAGAACAUGAGGGCAUGGGGCCACAGCACUGUACCUAAACCUUUCCUGGGGUUAGGGUAAGAAAGAGAAGUUUAAAUCUUGCCAGUGCAUCAGAAGAGAGCAGUCUUUUAUCUCAGGUAGGCCUGUGUGUUGUCAGUCCCCAUAGCAAUCCAGCGAGAUGUGGGCAAGGCCAGACAGAGGCCCUUCCUUUGAAUGCCACAUUCAUCCCCUGACAAAGGAGGAGACGGGGCCUCUGCUGAUAAGGCAUAUUGUGGCAGAAGAGUCGGCCACAUGUGUGAACAGAGAGAGGGCGAUAGCAGGGAGUGGUGGCGGUGGGGCAGGCGAUUGUCUGGAAAACGUGGAGCGCAUUUUGGUCUGUUCUCAGUGCUAGCGCCAUAGCAACCGAUCAUCGGAGGCCGCAGAGCAAAAGAAUGUGCAUUGUGUUGCUUCAGCGGUUUUUCAGGCGUUCAGCUGGGAUCGAUUGGUGGGGGCCGGGGUGUGUCUGCCCCUGCAGGAUGGUCCAAGGCUGCCUGGGGGCCCCCCAAUUCUCCGUGUGUAGCAAAAAAAGGAGGGGCAGUGGUGCGGUUGGCUCCCUGUACUUCCAGUCUCUGAGAAAUGGGAGAGUCUUGGCUGAAAAGCGGGCAGGAGAAGUCGUUGCCUCAAAACAGUGAAUUAAUUGGGGAAGGUGUUGUCAUUGUGGGACACAAUCCACCAGGGCAUCCUUGAAAUGAGGGAGAGGAAAUAGAGGUGUGUGUGUGCAUGCGCUCAAUGCCCAUGACUGUGCCUUGGUUCCUCGUGUGUAGGGCUUAUAUGUGUAGGACUAUUAUGGGAAUAAAAAUGUGGGUAGGGGGAGGGUUAGAGCCAUUUUGGAGGAAAUAUUACAUAAAAAUGCAUUAAAUAAGUUAGAUUUGAUUCCCUCGCCCCAGAUCAACUAUGUUUACAGAAGUACAUCUGUGAAAUUGUGUCAUGUUCAAAACAAUAGAUUUCACCAGGAAAUGUCACUGGACAGGCUGGUGAACUCUGCACAUGUUUAGCGGUGUUCCCUUCUUUGUUUUGUUGGCUGAGCCCUGGCACUGAAUGCAGACUGUAGGGUUGUUCAUUUGCCCAGCUGGUUUUUCCUUUGUUCCAGGAAGCUUGCAAUGUUUCUUCUUCCUCAUACCAGGACCUUAGCAAUUAGGUGCUUGGAUGCAUUAAGCAGCCUUUGAUCUGAGCGAUGGUCCAAGACGUCUUCCGCUAUGCCUUUGGCUGCUGCAUCUCCCCUAGGUGGCCAGAAGGGGGCAGAAGCAAACUCUGAACCGAGGGGUGGGGGUGGUAUUCAAGCAAACACCCACUGAAUAUUUUGGUUCUGCCAUUCACUGGGCAUCGCUUUGACCCCAAUCCCUAAGAUUGAGGGACCUGGUUCAGUUAUUUAGUAACGACAGAAAGGCACUCAGCACAGGCCUUGUGGCACCCUUUUAAAAAAAUUAUUCAUAGACUGAGCCCUGGCACAAGUUAAGCCCAGAAUUAAUUUGGAGAGUUAAUCAGGGGGUAUAUGUGUGUAUUUUCAGGUAACUAAAAUGAGAUCUCAGGUUGGGCUGAAGUCUUAGCCCUUGAAUGUUCAGUUUCUCUUUCAGUACCACCCUGGUUUGGUGCCCCAAAUAUUGCACUGCAGUGCAUUGCCUUGGAAACUGCCCAGUUGCCUUUAGGAACUUCUGUUGCCCAAUCUGAGCUGGGAUGUAGCUCCCUCCUGCCCCUUUUGACUUCUGCUAUCACAUUAGCUGGAAUCCCUGCUAGGAAGGCCUUGGAGGCUAUGGAGAUAGAAGAGCAGGAUCACGCCCUUAUGGGGGAUGGGCACACCAGGCAUGCCACUGAGUCAUCCUGGUGGAAUGCAGCCUGUGGCCAGAUGCCACCCAUUGGGAACAAGGUGUGUGUGUUGGGGGGGAGGAACAUCUGGUUUACAGGAAGGGCUCCUGCUCAGUGCAUCCGGAAGGUCCCAGGUUCAAUCCCUGAUCUGAUGGCAUCUCCAAGUAGGGCUCGGAAUAUCCCUUGCCUGGAACUUAGAGACCUUAUGCCAGUCGGUAUAGAGAGUGUUGAAUCCUGUGGACCAGUGGGUCUAACUUGUGGCAAGGCAGCAUCCUAUAUGCUUAUGUGACUUGAAGCACAGAGGGGGAGGGGUUUCCCUGUCUGGAAGUCCCUGUCUGGAAGUGCUUCGAGGGGCUAGUGUAGGGCUGGGGAGUAGAUUGACUGACCCCACCUGAAAGCCACCAGCCUCUUUGGACUGUUUCCUCCAGGACCUUUGAAGGUGACUUGCACCAUGUCCCUUCGCAGGCACAGAGAAGCACCACUGGGCAUUUUUCUGGGAGAGCCAUCACUAUUGUGCCAUUCAAACAUGUGUAGUCCUACCCAGGCAAAUUCACAGGACUGUAGAAGUGUCUAGUCCAACUCCCUGCAGUGCAGGAAUCACUGCCAAAGAAUCCCUGACAGAUGGCCAUCCAAACUCUGCUUAAAAACCUCUACUGAAGGAAUGUGUCCACCACCUUCCUAGGGAGUCCGUUCCACUCUUAGCACCAGAAAGUUAUUCCUAGGAUUUAGUUGGAAUCUCCAUUCUUGUCAUUUGAAUCCAUUGGUUUGGGUCAUCCCUUCUGGAGCAGCAGAAAGCAAGCUUGCUCAGUCUUCCAUGUGACAGCCCUUCAGAUAUUUGAAGGUAGCUAUCAUAUCCCCUCUCUGUCUCCUCAGCUGUUAAUCCUCUUUGAUUUAGAAGAGGGGGGUGCAGAAGGAACUUCUUCUUUUUCAUCUAAGGCAGUUUCCAGAAUGAGGUGUACAGUUUGAGAGGAAGAGCCCCAGCUGAUGGGCAGCAGAACAGUACCUGCUUGGCAGGUAAAAUGUCCCAAGGUCAAGCCAGUGGCAUCUCCUGUCAAAAGGGUAGCAAGGCUGGGAAAGGCAGUUCCUGUUAUUGUUUGUUGCUGUUGUUGUUAAAUUUUUUACUUGCCCUUCACCAGCAGGUCCUAGGGCAGGUCAUAGCCAUUUAAAAGUCAGAAUUAAAAACAAUUAAAACAAAUUGCAGCCACUGGAAUAGGGUGGGCCCUGAAAACAUACAUCUCACGUGUCAAAGGACAGGGUGAAAACAGUGCAUCUUCGGCAUUCCCCGAAAGCUGCCGGCUGCACCUACCUCUGUGGGGAGGAGGAGGGUUCCAUUAAGGGGCUGAUAGCUGAGGUAGAGCCAGCCCUUCUCCAACACAGUGCCCUCCAUAUAUUUUGGACUACAACUCCCAUCAGCACCUGCCAGCACAGCUGUGUCAUCCAAGGCAUAAACUGUGCAUGCCAGUUGCCAGGGGCACCAGGAUGGCAAAGGCUGAGUAGUGAGCUAAAUGCCGCAGUGGGCUGACUCGACACAGGGUACCUCCAUGUGGCAGGAUUGCACCCCAUUGCCCUAUUUGUGACGUUGUAAGGGAUCCUAGGGCACCUGUACCUUUUAGAUUCUGCUCCGCUCCAAUAACACUCAAACAGAGCUACAGUGAUACCUUGGGUUAAGAACUUAAUUCGUUCUGGAGGUCUGUUCUUAACCUUUUUAAGCUGAAGCACCACUUUAGCUAAUGGGGCCUCCUGUUGCCGCUGCGCCACUGCUGCAUGAUUUCUGUUCUCAUCCUGAAGCAAAGUUCUUAACCCGAGAUAAUAUUUCUGGGUUAGUGGAGUCUGUAACCUGAAGCGUAUGUAACCCGAGGUACCACUGUAUUACCAAAGCAUCAGUUGUGUUCUAGGCUUUUUGUUCCUUGGGACUCUUGCAUAUCUAGUUUAGGAGAGGCAGUUGUGAUGCAGCCCCUUCCCAUAGCUCCCUGCGUGAUGUGUGGUCUGAAUGUGAUAUCUGUCUGUCUGUCUGUCUGUCUAUCUAUCUAUCUAUCUAUCUAUCCAUCUGGAAUUUGCCAUAUUAUUUUAUAUAUAUAUAUAUAUGAAUAUAUUCAUUAUAUAUUCAAAAUAUAUUCUUUGUUUUGUUGCAGUUUAAUCCUGAAUAUAUCCAAGAGCAACCUCCAGUUCCCAUCAGUCCAGCAGCAUCAUGCAGGGACUGAUGGGAAUUGUAGUCCAAAACAGCUGGAAAGCCUCCGGUUGAGGAAGGCUGCACAAGAGCAUUUCUUUUGAGUUUUGCUGUGAACAUGAUACACUGCCCACGGAAAUCCCACAGCAGAGUGUGAUUUAGCUGUGAUUCCUACACUGGAGGGGAUUGCACUCGAUAACCCUUUGGGCCUCUUCCAACUCAACAGUUCUAUUAUUAAAUUUCUAUACCGCCCUUCAUCUGAGGAUUACAGGGCGGUUUACAAUAGAGAAACACAAAAAUGCAUACCAAAGUAAUAGACAAAAACCAUAUCCCCCGCCAGUAUUAUUGUUUAUUUAAUUUCUAUGAUUCUGUGACUCCCUGGUAGGGAAAGGAGAUCACUUGUCCUGCCUGAAAUUGAGCUUAUGUGGCAUGGGAAGACCGAGAAGGGACUGGGACAUCCUUUCCCUCUCAGAUGGUGACCUCUGCUUCCCAUGUGCCCAGGAAAUAUCAUCUGGCCCUGGGCUGCUGCAUGAACAGGCUCAGUUCCUGCAGCAGGAAGAGUUCCACAUGCUGUGUUGCUCCUGGGGUUCCUUCUCCUUGGAUGCCGCCCUUCUGUGGCCUAGCCUGCCUUCUCAAGUGGCAUCGCAACACGAAGGCAGGCAGGCAGGCAGGCAGGCAGGCAGGCAACCUCCUGCCUUUUGCUGCCUCUCCAGCUCUUCCUGUUCAACCUGGGAAGUCUGCGUUUAGACAUAAACCUGUUUGGUAGCUUUUCUAAGAAUGGAGGGGAAGGCAGGGAGGCAGACGGGCUGACCCAGGGAGGAGCAGGGGGUGAUGAUGUGGCAGGCUGCCAUGCAGGUGCUAAUGCUAUAGUGCCCAGCUCUCCUUUAGCCAAGGGUCAAAAGCACAUCCUGCCUUAACUCUCCAGGGCGUGGAGAUGUGCUGCCCUUGUUGUGCACUGUGGCACAACAAGAAAACCACCCCUUUCCCUGGCUCUCUUUGCAGUUGCGAAGUGCCAGUGCAGUGCCCAUGAGUGUGUUCCCUGGUGGUGCCCACAGCCUCCCCCUCUCUGGCUGAAAUUAGGCUUGAGAAAGAAGCCAUUCAUUGUAGUCAACAGGGGGGUUUGUAGUACAAACUGGAGGUUUAUAUAUAUUAUGAAACAGAAAGUGAUUAAAAUAAGUAUGCAAAGUGGUUGCCAACAGAUAUGAAGGCUGUGCAGGUACCUGGACGGACAGCUCAUUGGAUUACUUCUGGGAGAAAGAAAGGCAGGGAAAAUUACUGUUGUGGUAUAAGAAAAGAGGCUGGGCACAAAGCAGGAGGAGAAACCGAGAUCAAAGUGGAUAUAAUUAUUAUAUUCCAUGGUGCAACCUGCUUGGCUUCCGUGGGCGCUGAAGCCGUCUACAGAGGCCAUCUGAACUUUGCGUCUUCAGGACGCUUGUGGCGAUUGUAGCAUUUUGGGUGUCAUGUGGGAACCUCAGAGAACCAUUCCCCUCUCUUUGCAAUGCAGGGACAUCCAUGCCUCAAAACCAACCCUGGAUCUCUUGAUGCCAUUAUUCAUAAAUCAUUUUCUAGAGCACUUUUUGGCAUGCGCGGAAGUCCAUAGCUAUGAUCUCAUCUAUGCUCAGUUGUCUCCUUCUGGCCGUUUCCUCCUCAUGCUUGCUGCUUUCCUCGCACAUGACGAAUUUGGCCCCAGGAAUCUCCUGCUGCUGCUCCAAGCCGGGCCUGCGUUUUGUGAUGUAUGAAAAUUGGAAUGUGUUUGGGGAGAGUGACGGAGCUGGGGUUACAGAGUUCAGGCGGCAAUAUGCACGUUAUUCUUCAUUUCGGCGACACACGCUUGAGCAAAUGGGAAUGUAAGAAAGAAGCAUGUGCAAAAAAAUUAUGCCAGUGCUUAUUGGAACUAAAGACCUUCCCUUGAACAAUCAAGGGUUCCACUUUCAUUUGCAGAGGAGAAGCAUGUGUAUGAGGGAUGAUCUUGCCACUUCAUGGCCUGUGCAAAACCCUCUGGACAAGGGCUUAAUAGUGUUGUUCAUCAUGCAGGGUACAGAAUGGACAGGAAAUAAUAUACUAUAACUGAAGUAAGAGCAGAGAAAAUGAGGUGGGAGGGCCAACAAGAGCAAUAUUUUUGGUGCAAGAAAGAAAGUGAUCAGGAACUCUGAAUUAUAUGGGUGGGUCACACAUGUCCCUACCCUGACAGUGAAUUUUACUGAAUGCAGUGGCAUUUUCCACUGGAAUGGUGGUUGCAUGUGUGUGAGCUUGUUCUGUAGGACAAUGUUGACUUUGGGACACCAAUUGGCAACGUCAAACAGCUGGCUGGAUCACACUUGCAUGUCUUGUUAUAUGACAACCACAACAUUGCAUGUUUGGGAUUUUGUUUUGUUUAGUUCAGUUUCUCUUUAGAGAAAAGGUGAGUAAGAGGUGACACGGAGAAAGUGAGUAGAGGAAAGUUUUCCUCCCAGAAAUGAUUGGCUCAUCUUUUAAAAAUGUAAACGAUUAAAUAGGCCUGUUAGCAUAAAAAGGCCUCCUAAGAGAUGCCUGAAAGGUCGCAGUGAGGAUGUUUUAUAGUGCAACCCCUAGUGUGACUGUGCCAUAUCAUCAAUAGUCCAAAAUGCACUUGCUUUUCUGUAUUGCUCCCUCUCCCCCAGAACGCAGGGCACAAAGUGCUCUACAUCCAUUCUCUCAGUAACAGCCUUGCAAGGGUGUCCAGUAUUGCUGGGGCCGUAACUUCAGUGGUGUGGCCUGAAAGGCCCUGUUGAUUACACUGGGCAACAAUUUUUUACUUUUUGAAUGUUGUCUAGAUUUCUACAACUGAUUUAGGGUAUUUUUGCACUGCUGAAUCAGGAAAUGGCAUCCGUUUCUCUCUAUCAGGUCAGGUUUACUGUAAACUGAAUGGUGGGCAUUGAUAAAGGUAAGUACACGUAAAUUGCAUGUUGCUUCACCAUUUUUCAAACUUCAGGGCUUGAACUUCUGUUUUUUGGAACUCCUGGAAUGCUCAGCGGCACGGAGGUCUCUCUUCAGAGUCCAACAGUAGUCAGCCAUCAUGACUGCGUCCCAGCGACCCUGAUACCUGGUCUCCAUCUCUUUCAUGUCCUGAUGGAAUCUCUCCCUCUGCUCAUCACUCAUUGAACCCAGUUUCUCAGGAAACCGGUCCAUAUGUGAAAAUAGGUAGUGCAUCUUGAGGCUCAUGUUGCAGCCCAGGUUUCUGAAAGCAGUCAGCAUGUUGUUGACAAGUUCUGCAUAGUUUCUGGCCUUAUUGUUGCCAAGAAAGUUCUUCACUACCAGAACAAAUGCCUUCCAUGCUUCCAGUUCCACUUCGUUCAUUGAGUUUCCGAACUCUGGAUCUCUGAUGAGCUGACGGAUCUGAGGACCGUCAAUGGUGCCAGCUUUCAACUUCUCCAUGGUCAAUCCUGGAAAAGCCUGGUACAAGUAAGUGAAGCAGUCACCAUCCUUGUCCAGAGCCUUGGUGAACUGCUUGAUUAAGCCGAGCUUGAUGUGCAGCGGUGGGAAGAGUAUUCUGUCUCUGUCCACGAGAGGGUCAUUGAUGACGUUCCUUUCUUUGCAAGGCACCAAUUCCUCCCGCACAGGCCAGUCCUUCUUCGUGUAAUGCUGAGCACGGUCCCUACUAUCCCACAUGCACAGAAAACAUGGGUACUUGGUGUAGGCAGACUGUUGUCCCAACAAAAAGUUCACCAUCUUCAGGUCAACACAAAUAAACCUACGGGACCGCCUCUCCUGGUAUGUCCCACAGAGGAACUUACAGUCUGCAAAUAAAAACAUCCUGAAGAUCCCAGGCCACAGAGAGGUUAGGCUGGCCUCAACUAGAGCCAGGGCUUUCUCGGCUGCAGCUCCAAUCUGGUGGAACGCUCUGUCACAAGAGACUAGGGCCCUGCGGGACCUGACAUCUUUCUGCAGGGCCUGCAAGACAGAGCUGUUCCAGAGCUGAACUAGAUCAUUCAACUCCUUUUGGGAAAAUGGAUGUGGAGCAUCAUCUUCAAGAACCACUUCUUCUUCUUCAUGUCCUUCAACACUGGAGGCAUCUUCGUCACUAAUGUCAGGAAGUUCUCCAAAUAUAGGCACUGGAAUUUCAUCAUAAUGAGCUACAGGACGAAGUGCUGAUUGAAGAUCAGGAUUAAGUUAAUUUUGAUCCCCCAACUUUAUGCUUUGCCGCACCAAUUUGCUCUGAAAAGAGAGGAAGAGGAAGAUCUGAGGCUGAGCGGAGUUUAAGAAACAGAGUCUGGGAGAGGCAGGCAUCCCCAGCUGGAGAAAACUGCUGCAGAGAAAGGAGCUUGCAUUGAUGGCACACAUUUCUGCAUUUGGAACUUCUGGCUCUUCAGUCCUGGUGCCUGAAAUCUGUCUGUGGGGGAAAUUUACUCUGCAUGCCCUCAGCUGCACAUGGGGAUGAGGGGCUCUCCUGUGUGGGGAAGCUGCACCUUGCUAUGGGUGUGGGGGACGUGUGUUAGUGCAAUGGAGUCCAGGCACAAUGCAAUGUUCACACAUGGCAAAGAGGAACAGGAGGAGAGAGAGAGUCGCAGCAGUUCCAACUUUGUAGCAAGAGGAUCAUAGGAAGCUGCCUUAUACUGAGUCAGACUCACUGGUCCAUCCUGCUCUGUGUUGUGUACGUCAGGGGACUUCAACCUUUUCAGAGCUAACCCAAAUGUGCAUUUGGGAACCCAUUUUUAAAAAUCUUUUGCCAUAUGUUUGCAUAGUGCUCCUGUUGCAACCCACCUUGAAUCAGGCCCUGCCCCACCCAUCUGUUGAAGACCAGUGGUCUACACUGACUGGCAGCAAGCAUCUCUCCAGGGGUUCCAGCAGGCAUCUGUACCCAGAGAUGCCAGCGAUUGACUCUGGGACCUUCUGGAUGCAAAGAAGAAAGCCUAACUUUCUAAGCCGGUCUUCCUAAGGCUCCCUGAGGGGAUUCAUGUGUGCACAUUUGCUGCUGCUUCCUCACUUUCUGGCUGUUGCAGAGGAGCCUGGAGUGAGGCCCCUGUGAGGGGGCUGCCUGAGACAAUGCCCCCUCUUACUGUGGUCCUUUUGCCCCCCACCUCCAGUCAACAGGUGAGGAAUGGUUGCUGCUGCGAAGCUGCCCAAGUUGAGUACAGUUCACGUGUUCGCUACUCACUAGUUGUUACUGUUUUUACAUUUCCAAACCUAUUCUUAAAGCCUUUUUGUUCUUAUGCUCCAAAAGGCAAGCCUUUACAGGUGAGCGGUUUCCCGAGUGCUUGCGCAGCCUCAAGCAAAAGCGGUUUUGAAUGGGGUACCCUGGGAGGAGGGAAUUGGGCCUGCAAGACUCGGCUCUAAGCCUGGAGGGACCGCAUCCCUUCCUCCCGCCCAGAUAUUGCGGGGGGAGGGGCUGGGAAGCGGAGAAGCCCCCCCCCUCCCUCCAUUGUUGCCCGCGCCGCCUUCUGAGGACCCCGACGGCGCUGGCGGCGGCGGCGGCAGGAGCGGCGCUCUCUCCCCUUCGGCGCCCAAACCCUCCCGGGGCGAAGCGGCGGCAGCGGCUGCGCUGGUCCCGCCCCGGCGAGGGAGGCGGCCGACGAGGGAUGCUGAAGGAGAAAGGGACGAAGAGGCGCCUCGCCUCACCGUCGAGGGUUGGCUGAGGAGGAAGAGGACGCCGCCGGAGCAGCUGCAGCAGCCGCCCGGAGCGGACCGGGCCGGGGGUCGGGAUGGUGGUCUUCCUCGGGAGGAACCUCCCGUCGCUGCUGAAGCUCUUCAAGAAGAAGGGUGAGCCGGGCGCGGCCGGGGCUUGGAGGCGUCCCGCCGGCGGGCUGGGCAUCGGGGAGGGAGGCGAGCGAGCCCGAGACCCCCACCCUCCUCAGUCUUUGUGAACUUCUUCGGGGUCUGCCGCCGAGCGCAGGAUCGGGCUUGCCCGGGGAUUUCCCGUUAAGCCCCGACCCCCACCCCCGCGCAAGGGUGUGUAGAUUUACUCGAGAGUAAGUCUCCCCACCCCCCCCGCUGCGCGCGCGCUUAGGAUCGCACCCAUGCAGUGCAAUCCUUACGGGUCUACUCGGGAGUAAGCCCCACGCGCUUCUUUGGAAUCGGGACUUUGGGGUGGGGGGUAAACUCGGGGAGGCGGCUGACUUGGGGGUGCAGCUGAAAGACCGGAAACUCUGGGCGGCGGAGCUUGCCCUUUGUCACCGUCGGGAUGUUCCGCCCGGGGUUGGCAUUGCAAAGGGGGCUUGUGUCUGUGGAGCUUUGGGGAGGGGGCCGGGGGGGAGGUGUGUGCCACCCGAGGCCCCUCUGCACGGCGUCCUUGGGAUCCGCUGCCUGCCUCUGUCCCAGCCAGCGGUGGGGAAUCUGCGUGGUGAUGGAGGAAGGGGGGUGACUGGAAACAGCAUCCCCCACCCCACCCAGCGUGUCUCUCCUGUGUUCUUUUCCAACAGGGUGGAAGUUCCCCCCUCCCCGGUUGUUCUCAGCUGCCUUGUUGAAGCCAGCAGCAUCCAAGCUUUUAGGAAGCAGGGCUUGUUUGCCCAUCUCUGCAGCGAUUCUGCAGCCUCCUGCCUCUCCCCCCACCUUUCUCCGCUCAGAUUUUGUUUUUCUCCUCUUUGGAUGCUGGAAGCAAGAGAGGAGGAUGAGUUAAAUCUGAUUCGGCAGGAACUGAACAGUUGCGCGUGUGGCGGCGGCGGGAGCUCCCCUCCCUUUGCUCUUUUUUCCCUCUCGCUGGCCGAGGGGUAGAAAUUGCAAGGUCAACGCAGCCGUCCUGAAGCAUCUCAAGGUGCACUUUGAGAAGCAGCCUAGCCCAGUGGUUAGCGCAGGUGUAACCUAGUGUGGUCUCCCAGUUCCACACGGCUUUUCUUUAUCACAAUGCUGGCCGUACAUUAAAUAUGUGGCUGUCUGAAGAGACACAGAGAUAAUUUAUGUUCAUCUUCCCCACCCCAAUCUACUGUUUUGUGGGUUUUUGAGACUACAACUCCCAUUAGCCCCAGCCUGCAUGAGUUAUAGUUCAAAACAGCUGGAGGGGCACCAGGUUGGAGAAGAUCCAACAUUUUAAAGCACCAAGUAUUCUACUUGUGGGAGAAAGUUGCAGGAAUCCAGUUGACCUCGGUUCAGAAGUUCUUCUCAUUGUAAGGUGAGGCAACAUUUAACAAAAGACUGGAGGGACUUUUGCGAACUAAGAGCAUUACUUAGAAGUGAGGAGUACCUCUCUUCAUGGGCAUAGCCAGGAUUUUUGUUGGGGGGACAGGCCUUUUGCUUGUGUGGAGGGGGGGCAGAACCCCCACUGUGUAUUUUUAUUGAUUUUUUGGGGGGGCAGCUGCCCCUCCCUUCCCCCCUGGCUACGCCCAUGCCUCUCUUGAAACUGAAACCAUUUUUGGUGAAGCAUCCCCACAGCAAUCUGAACAGCCUUGGAACAACCCCAGCUUCUAUGGGCUUCACUGAAUAAGGAGGUUUAGGCACAUAUUAGACCUUUGCAUGCUUUUAUGUGCUUUGAUGUGCAGAUCCUGAUUCACCUGCUGCCCAUAUCUGCUCUCACAGAACACUACAGCGCUGCUAAGUCUCAGUUUAGAUGAUGAGAUCAAGUGCUGUGCAGUUCCUGGUUGCUGUUUGGCAUCCUUUCUCUGGUAUCCUUUUGACCUCAGAGCCCCUCCCCAUUCUGUUCCCCAGCUGUGUGGUUCUCUAUGGGUCAGGCACCCUAGACAGGUUCCUUUUGCUUUCCAGAGAGAGGUUGGUGCGAAUAACCUGCUUUAUUUGCUUUGCUUUGCAUUUGCCCAGGGAAGAGAAUGGAUGUAUGAGCAAUACUUUAGCAAAGAGGCUCCAUCAGUAUUGAUCUUGCUCUUAACACAGAGAACAAAGAUGGAGCUGGGGGGGGGGCGAGUGGCAGAACCAAAUCCAGUGCAGAGUCAGCAUCUCCAGGCCUGCAGGGAUUGAGGUGACCUUGGAGAAAAACAGUUCACUUCUCUCUCAUCUCGGCAUGGGGCUGGGGGCCUUGUGCAGGCAGGGAGAUUCUCCCAUUCUUUAUUUUGUCUGGGUUUUCUGUGUGUCGGGGAUGGCGAAGCUGUGGCCCUCCAGAUGUUGUUGGACUCCAUCUUCUGACAUGACCAGUGGGCAGGGAUGGUGGGAGCAACUCCCGAAGGGCCACAGGUGCUCAAAGCUUUUCUUAGCUCCUGUUGAAAUCUUGUGAUGUUGGUGGUCUUUUAGGGGUUGGUGUGUGGAGUUCCCUGCUCCCAUUCCAUAGCCCAGUCCACUGAGUCCUUAGCCAAGGGGCAGAUCCUGGUAGCUCAUAUCCGGCAGGCACUUUUCUGCUUGUUGUCUCUCCUGAUGACUUCAGGCUCUCCAGCAAUGAAGCAGUCUCUUUCCUGUGGGCUUGGAAUGAACUUUCUGUGUUAAGGUUGAACCUCUCAUCAUCAAGACGCAGAGGAAUGUUAAGUAGCCUAAUUGCCACCUUUGUGUUUGUUUCUGAUUGAUGCUUAGCGCUUGAGAGGCACAUAAUUGCUGCCAUAUUUAGAGGUUCAGUCUUCAGCAUCCCAAAUAUGAAAGGAUAUUGGGGGUGCGAGCUGGGAAGGACUUCCCUUCAGGGAUACUGCCGGGUGUGGGCUACGGCAGGCAUGGGGAGAUGGGCCACAAAUCUUUUUCUGAAUGGCCCAAGUGGUUCUUGUGGGUAACGAACUUGGGGAGAAAUUGAAUGUGUAUGCAUGAUCUGGGUUACUCGGUGGGAUAUUUGUUGCUCAAAAAGUCAGAUAAAUUUAUCUAGGGAGCGAUAUAUAGGAACCGUUGAGUAGAUUUGUAGCAAGAUCUGGUGGGGAACUUAACUGGGUAGAUUAAUUGAAUUGGACCUGAUUUGAAUGGCUUGGGAUGAGGUGCAAAUGAAUUUAUUUGGGGUGAUUUGCAUAGGAAAUUCUUUGGUUUUCAUCCUACAACAAAUGGAAAUCUGUACGUAUCAAUGAGCACAUGCAUGUCCUAUGCAAGUGCCUCCACUCUCUUUAAGUACAUAGCAACACUGCUUCUCUCUACCUGGGACCUUGGGCAGGAAUAAACAGGACUGGGUUACUUAGACAAGUGGUCCAAUUUGUAAUGUGGUUUUAAGGUGCUCUAACACCACACAUAGCUCUUCUAGGAUAGUCCCAACUGCACCUUUUCCAGGCAGCCCUAAGUGUGAAAAAAGGUGUAGCGAGUGUACAACCAGUAUUGGAAGAGAGGAAUAGUCGCUUCCACCAAAGGGCAAUCUCUUAAUUUGGUUCAUCUCCACUUGGGGCAAGCCCCUUACCUGGUUGCCCUGUGUUUAAACGCCAUUCUGAAUGCUGUGUUGGAGUUCCAUGUUUGGCACACUGAAAAUAAUAAAUAUUUUUGUACAAGCAGUUGUGAGGGGCCCUGAUUUGAAUCAGGACUGUGGAGGAGGGGUCUAAUCAGAGGCCCCCAGUCUAAAUUUGCCUCCCUUGGAGCUGCUAUUAGCCAGAGAGGGAAAUUGUGUUGGUUUACAACCCACCACCCUUUGUGAUGGGCCUAGAUACACAGAGACUAGAGUGGCAGACUGAGUUGGGGGAUGUUGUUGGAAGUGCUGCACGUUUUUCCAUAUAUCUCCAUGUUUUGCAACACCUCCCCUAUGCAAGCUGUGUGGCCGUUGCCAUUCUGGUGCCCACCAGAUAUUCGGAUGACAGUUCCUAUCAGCCAGGUGAUGGCUGGGCUCUAGUUAGGCGUUCCCAGAGUAUCAGCCAGCAAGUUGGGUUAUAUAUAACUAUCUAAAUACCUCUUAAGAGCUGAGUGGGUGGGCAGAAAUGCCUGGGGAGUUCCCGGGGUGUGUUUUGACUUGCCAGGGUAGAGGCAUGCAAAAGCCUCCUAUAAUUGUUUGGAGACAGUGAAGAGUUUUGCACGAGGGCUUUCCUCUUGGCACAGUUUCCCUUGGCAGCUAGAUUCCACCCCCCACUCUGAAGACUCAGGCAGGGUAAUGGUGUUUCUGUCUUUCAAAUCAUUUUCAUAUAAAAGGUUAAGAAAUGGAGUGGAACAUAUUGUCUGUCUUUUCAAUAGUAAAUGGAAAGGCAGGACUUUUUGCACGGCUUCAUUCUGUCCUGGUGUAGGAUAUUCCAUUUAAUCCCCAAACUGUCAGUAAGGAGUGUGUUGUUCUCACCAGCCAUCCUGUGAAAGGAAAGAGCUUCCUUUUCAGUCGGCCUCUCCUGUCUAAAUGAUGGUGCCUGCUGUCAGUUCUCCCUACCAUACCUCUUCCUAAAUAUGCCUUUUUAACAAGCUAUUCCAUCGUCUGCUUUUGGCUCUUCCACACAUAACUUUUGGCCAGUGUGUCCUUGGCUGUAAAUAAGUGCUCUGUACAGGAACAGAGUUGUGUGUUCAAUAAAAGAGUCAUGGGAAUAAUCAUCCAUCAAAACUAGAUACUUGCUUUUAUUUUGGUAAAAGAUCAGCAGCUGAUAUUCUUGGCAUCAUACUGUAGUCUAAAAAGACAAAGUUGUUCCCUUUGUGGCAUCCUGCUUUAGCUGGCCAAUAAUAAUAAAGUGGUACCUCAGGUUAAGUACUUAAUUCGUUCUGGAGGUCCGUUCUUAACCUGAAACUGUUCUUAACCUGAAGCACCACUUUAGCUAAAGGGGCCUUCUGCUGCCGUGCUGGCGGAGCACGAUUUCUGUUCUCAUCCUGAAGCAAAGUUCUUAACCCGAGGUACUAUUUCUGGGUUAGUGGAGUCUGUAACCUGAAGCGUAUGUAACCUGAAGCGUAUGUAACCCGAGGUACCACUGUAUAGUUGCUUUAUUUCUAAAAGAAUCCCAGAUUGUGGGGUUCUGACUAGUCAGUGGUUGUCCAGACUUAAAAGUCGUGAUUUUUGCCUUGAUUGGACUAAAGAAACAAUCUGGGUGGUUUGGGAGAGUAACUUUUGCCUGGGCAGAAAGGGCAGGGGGCUGUUUUUAUGCUUACGUGCAGUUCCUUUCUCAGGAGGCAGGUCAGGAAAUAAAAAACAGAGAGAACCACCAGCAGCUUAAUUCCCUACUCAAACCCCAGGGAAACGUUUUCCAUGCAGGUACCAGCUUCAAUCCCCAGCAUCUUCAGGUAGGGCUGGGCAAGGACCCCUCCCUGAAAUUCCCAAGAGCUGCUGCGAAUCAGUGUAGAUGGUCCUGUGUUUGAUGGACCAAUGGGCUGACUCCAAAUAAGGCAGCAUCCUGUGUUCCUAUGGCGACUGGCACACAGGAGCAAACUGUUCCUCUUUCAAUAGGCUUGUUCGGGAAUACACCCGAUAUCUGGUUCUCUGUCCUCCCGUCCCUCUGAACUUACCCCCCCCUUCUUCUGGAAGGUGGCUGCUGUUGUUUUGGUGUGUGGCAAAAUGUGCUGAGCACUGCCCCUUUAAGCUGGACUGCCUCGCUGGUGCUCUGUCUGUGUGUGUGUGUGUGUGUGCAAGGUGCACAGAUAUUUCUGGUAUCAGUCAUGUGAUCCUGCCCUGGGGUGCUUUCGCUUAUUCAGAGCACUGGCUUUAAAGGCUCAGGCUUUGGACAUGCAGAGCCUGCAGCCUCCCACUGCUGAGAGCAAGGGCAGUGAAUGCUGGUGUCAGAUCACCUCUGUCAGUGGAGAAGGGUUGUAAAGAGAUCCCAGGGGCUGUCAUGGUUACACUGGGCAGGGGGUGGCUCUCCUGCAGCAGAGAUGCAGAAGUCACUAGUGAUUCCUCCCAGCAAAGUAUUGAGGUACAGUGGUACCUCUGGAUGCGAACGGGAUCUGUUCUGGAGCCCCAUUCACAUCCUGAAGCGAACGCAACCUCCGUCUGCGCGGGUCGCGACUCGCCGCUUCUGUGCACGCGUGUGACGUCACUUUGAGCGUCUGCACAUGCAUGAGUGGCAAAACCCAGAACUAACGUGUUCCGUUACUUCCGGGUCGCCGCAGAGCGCAACCCGAAAAUGCUCAACCUGAAGCAACUUCAACCUGAGGUAUGACUGUACAGUGGUACCUCAGGUUACAUACGCUUCAGGUUACAUACACUUCAGGUUACACACUCUACUAACCCAGAAAUAGUGCUUCAGGUUAAGAACUUUGCUUCAGGAUAAGAACAGAAAUCGGGCUCUGGCAGCAGCAGGAGGCCCCAUUAGCUAAAGUGGUGCUUCAGAUUAAGAACAGUUUCAGGUUAAGAACGGACCUCCAGAACGAAUUAAGUACUUAACCUGAGGUACAACUGUAUUGCUUAAAAUAUCCCUCCAGUUUAUCCUGUUUCUCCGCUAGGCAAAGUGGCUCAUCAUUGGAAUAUAAACAUCCACAAUAGAUUAGCGAAAUCAUGCAUGACAAGAGCAAGAGGCCAAUGGCUGCAAUCCUGAGUGCACUUUUACUUGGGAGUAAGUCUCUCUGAACUCUGUUGGACUUGCCUCUGAGUAAUGCACAGCAAAGCUCUGCAAAGCUGGUGUCUGCUUGACUGGUCACUGGCUGUUCUUGAACCCUUGACUCUCACAAGAGUUCCAUGCAAUGGCUGGGAUGAGGCGGGGUGGGGGGCACAAUCAGCACAGGUACCACUCCUGAUGUUUCUGCAAAACUCCCCAGCCCCCGGCUUGUAUGUGCUUGGUUAAAAUGCAUGUCACUAAUUAUGCAUAGCUCAGGCAUUAAAAUACAAAAGAGUUAGAUGAACAGUGGCUAAUACUGCCUUGGUAGCGAUGACAAUGGUCUCAACCAUAAUUGCAGAAGUUGUGACAGCUGAUAGUAAUUAGCUGUUUAUAACUUUGGUGUUAUGACAUAACUGUGGUGUUGUGACAGUGUAAUCUUUGUGACAAUGAUUAUGUAUUGAUAAAAAGAUUAGAUGUCCACAUUCCCAUGUCUCUGGGUUAGCGGCACCAUUCCUUGCCUUUGUGGGAUCAUGGCUAUCCACAUUUUACUGCGGGGCAACUGAGUCUAAGACUUGCCCCUGCCUUAUGGACAGGGUGCUCCACCAGCAGUGAUGAAGUGCAUGGUGUGUGUGUGUGGUUGAGAAUCCAUCUAAAAUGGAAAGCCUUUCUUCCUGGUGCUCAGGAUUUGGCACUUACAGUGCUUGGAUUUAGUUUCUAACCUGGGAAGGUUUCAGUUGGUGGAACCAGAUCUCAGUGGUAGCACACCUGCCUUGCAUUCAGAAGGUCCCAGAAGGUUUGACUUCCUGGCACUGCUGGCUAAGAGACUCAGCUCGCAGUUGAUGGGCAAGACUCUGCCUGAUGCCAUGGAGAACCACUGCCACUUAGAGCGAGCCAUGCAGGACUAUGUGGGCAAGUAGCCCAGCCUGAUACACCUCCUUUUUGAAUUGUGUUGUGGUGGCAGAUCUUGGUGGAACAGAAAUCCACCCAUCGUUCUUGUUACAUCAGGGAUUCCAGGAUUCUCCCCUUUCUCUUUCCAGGGGCUGCCAAGGCUGAAAACGAGAAGCGUCUGAGUGUCCAGUACAAGGCAAGGGACGAGCGGCCUGACAAUGUUUUCUUCCCCAGCAACCGACCUCCACACCUUGAGGAGCUACAUAUCCAGGCCCAGGCUGGGCUCAAGUCGUUGCAGAACCAAGGUACUGGGUUGCGGGGUUGGCAGGAGGGAGUGAAUGGGAACGGAUGUGUUAGGAUGGAUACUUAGGCCAUUUUGUCUCUGAGCCCUCUGAGCUCUCAUAGAAUCAUAGAGUUGGAAGGGACCACAAGGGUCGUCUCAUUCAACCUCUUGCAGUGCAGAAAUCAUUGGUCCAACGUGAGGCUCGGACCCAUGAGAUUAAGAGUCUCAUGCUCUACUGAUUAAGCCAUUUGCUCUGUUUUCCUUUCACAAUACUCUUGGCACAAAACUUCCCUGGCCCAGGGUCCUCUGGGUGGGGAGCAGUUGCUUCUUUGCUCUCUGUUGUCACUUGGGAUGCUAAACUAUAGCAUCACCCCUCCCUCACGUUAAAUGGUACUCAUGUUCAGAACAGCCUGGGACUGGGCAGUUGCGGAACCGCAUCCUAGUUCGGUCAGAAACAAGUAGCUGUGUUGGCCUGAUAGGAAAAAAACUGCAGAGACAGUUAAAAUUGUGCCUGGCUCAAAAUGCAGGAUGCAAACUGUAGAGCAGGGUCACCGAUGUAGUGGCCGCCAGGUGUUGCUAGACUACAAAUCCCAUCAUCCCUCAAAAUUAACCAUGCACAGAACUCUACCACAGGCUGUGUGUGUGUGUGUGUGUGUGUGUGUGUGUUGUGGGGUGGAAUACAAGGGGAAAAGAGAAGAAAUCUCUUAACACAGAUACCUCCCCCUUUUUUAAUUAAAUACAAACUAGCAACCAUUUGGCCUAAUGUGUAACUUGAAAGUUUGAGUGGUGCAGAAUAGCUUUGUGUGGGCUUCUCAAAAUGGAUUAUCAUCCUGUCCCAGCUGAAUCUGAAUCAAGCUUUGUGCCCUGAGCUGAUUUAUAUGGUCUGGGCUUAGGCCUGGAAUUUGCCACCAAGAAAGCAACCUCCUCUGUGUACCUGCAAAGUACAUUUCUGAUUUCCGUAACUGCGGAAGAACUGCACCCUUCAUGAGCACACCUGAGAAUGCUCCAGGCAUGGUACAUCAUGUUUAGAACUGUGGCUGUGAGGAGUCCCAUCUGCCUCCUUAUACUCCUGGGUGGGGUUCCUCCCUCUGCCCCUGAUUGAGGUUCUGCCCAUGCCAGAGAUCAAACAGCACCUGCCAAGCAUGGAAAGGCAGUUGCAGCUGCGCAGUGCCGGAUGGGCAGGUUGCCAUCUCAGAGCAGAGUCCAGUGCCUGUGAGGCCAGUGGCCUGCCUGCCAGGGAGAGCGGCUGCCUGCUCUCUUCCUCUGAGGCUGGGCUGGGUCAUGAGCAGGAUCUCUAGGAGGGAGCUUGAGAAGCCUCUUCCCUCCCAGGGCAGCAGGAGAGGCAAGCAGGUGGGAGACUAUUCCUUCCUGCGUUCUAUUCUCUGCUCUCCGCUCCCGGCACUCUGGAUCAGCGCUUAGUGGCCUCCAGCCCUCCCCGGGCUGGCAGACGAUGGUUUUUUUGCUGUUGCCUUUCAGAGAAACACAAGCAGAGCAAGAGGGUCUGGGACCACAGCGACACCAGCAGCAUCCAGGUAAGCCAGUUGCAUGUCAGGCAGCAGCUUGCGUUGCCCCCUUUCCUCCACAACCCCCACGUGCACAUCACACCCUUGCAGUGCCAUUGCGUAUUUUCCAUUGGCUUGUGUUCUGUUAACUUGCAGCGUCUUCAUCACCACACCUGCCGCCCUGAGGAUAAGAUACCUGGGAAGCCUUGGGGUUGUUUUCCCAUACCCCUCUCCCCUCUGCUGCAAACAGAAAAGCAUUUGUGCUGUGUUCCUCCAGCCGCUGUUUCCUUUUUAUAAAAUGAUCCUGAUUUUGCACAAUAUGAGAUCAAGAGCUGAUCUUGUGCCUUCUUGAAAUUGCCCAGAGGUGGAUGAGGGAGUCUGGCAGCUGAUGGACCCUGGAGUGGGACCUGGGAGGACUCAAGAAGGUUUUCUUGUGGAAGGAGCCAGCAAAUGCGGAGCCUCCACCAGCACCGAACUCGGGUGGGGUGAAAGCUGGCCUCUUCUCCACAGCUUCUCCUCUUCUGUUUAUCUUGGCUGCAGCCUGGUGGACUUUGUCCCCGGCACUUCCCUGCAGCUGCACUUCCCUCCUCCUGGCUGCUGAUUCCCGCAAAUCCUGCCUUCAGCUCUGCUUUCCUCGCAGAUGACCCUUCCUGAAGGGGUCUUUGCUUCUUGCUCAUGUAGCCCUUUUGGAGUUCAGGGAAUAAAACUAGACAGGUCAGAAAGAGGAAGCCAGACUUCAGCAGAGAAGACUCUUCUGACCUCUUUGUUCCUUGUGUUCUAGGUUAUGCAGAAUGGUUGAGAAACUCCUCUCUGUGUGUUGCACACAGCAGUACCAAAUCUGUGAUUAUUAAUCAGCAAAAGCUUUAAAUCUUUUUCUUUCUUUUUUUUAAAAAAGAAACAAUGUUCUGGCUGAUUGGCAAACCAUAUUGGAAUAUCCCUUUUUCUUCUCAAAAAUAUAUUUGGUUGUGCAAAGGAAUUUGAAGCAGCAAACAAUCUCCUGCAUGUUCUGGCCAUUUCAGUGUUCAAGCGAACAGCUGGUGCUAAAUUGAAAUUCUGUAACUUGACAGUAAAACAAGCAAACAAACAAACAAAGCGAAUUCUGCAAUCUGCAUGAAGUAUGUAAGGGAAGCAAAUGUGCAUCCGAUUGCAUCUGCUCCUCUUGGGUUCUGCAGGGCUCUGAAGUCCCCCAUUGUGCUCAGCCCCCAUUCCUCUGGCUUUUGAGAUUUCAGCAGGCUUUCCAGAGCACUGUCAAGCAUUUCCACACUGCCACAAGGCCUAGAAGCUUUAAAAAGGGCACGAGACUCUUAGUUUCAUGCUGUGCCCCAUGCCACAUCCUUUGUUUACAUGGAAUGGCAGGGUGUACAAUGUCCUGAUCAUAUAGCUGAGGAAUACUGACUUAAGUGGGAAACAAGCACCCAGGCUUUGUCAUUGUCGGAGAGCAUGCCUGCAGUUGGAGCUCCACCGACUGUUUUUACAAAUGUGCAAAACCAAGGCAACUUCUGAUGUGCCCUUUUACACUGAUUUCAUGGUCCUUUAAUCAGAAAGGAGUUUGUGCCCUUGAAAGCAAUGCCAAGGCAAGCCCAAUGGCUUGGCUUCUGUCAAGCAGCGCCACCUGGUGGACAGGAAGGAUGGUCCUGUCUGCAACUUGCUCCCUCGCUCAUUUCAUAGAAUCAGAGAACUGUAGAGUUGUAAGGGACCAUCAAGGGUCAUCUGGUCCAACUCCCUGCAAUGCAGGAAUCUUUUGCCCAAUGUGGGGCUUGAACCCACAGCACUGAGAUUAGAAGAGUCUCAUGCUUUACUGACUGAGCAAUUAAUGCUUCUGUUUUUUUACUGAGGCAAGAGGGGGGCACAGCAGGCAGACUCCUAGGGGCUGCCGCCUCCUUGCCUUUGGAAGGAUCCUGGGUAGGUUGGAUAUCCAUGCCUGUGAGACCCAUCUCUGGGCUCCAAGGGGGGGACCUUCUAUUAAGGUUACCAGAUUUUUUUCAAUGAAUCUGGGGACACUUUCCAACUUCAAUGGAUUUUGUAUGGGGACUGAUUAUAAAUCCAGGGACUGUCCCUGGGAAACGGGAACAUCUGGUAACCUUAGCUUCUAUGGGUGAACAGGACUUGGUGGGGAAUUUACCCUCUUGCCUUCAUUUCCUCCCCUCUCGGCAUGCAGUCUUCCCGCUCAUCCACAGAGGGUGACGACCUCUCGAUCCGGAGUCAGACCCCAUCAUGUGCCACGGAAAGCACCUCCGAGGAUGCCCUCUCGGUGCGCUCAGAGAUGAUCCAGAGGAAAGGUACUACUGCCAGAAGCCUUGGGUUCAGGAGCUGGGCUUGGUGCAGGGAGGGAAACUGCAGCUGUUUUUUCCAGAGACCACCACAACCCCUCGCAAAAAUUCAGAGGGUCUGCUUCUAGGAAGGGUCAAAUGCAAAGUUGAGCUGUGAAAUAUGCCUGUGUUGGGAAUAAGCAGAGAUGAGAAACUUUGCACAUUAAGGUCCUCCACAUUGGCAGACAUGAGCCAUUUGACAGAGCAUGCAAGGUUGGAUAUAAGGUCUCUAUUCCUUCCUUUAAUUCAUUCUCCCCCUCCAUUUUAGGCUCCACCUUUCGGCCACAUGAUUCGUUCCCCAAAUCCUCAGCAAAGGGCGAGAAGAGGAAGAAAGAGCGGAGGACUACUGUUCUGGGUCUCCCCCAACAUGUGCAGAAAGAGCUGGGUAAGCCCAGUCAGCUUGGCAACUUAAAAUGUAAAAACAGUUUGGCUGCAAAGGAGGGGGGGGGAUCUGCCUUUUCUCUGCAAAAUCUGAAUUUGAAAAGUGGAAAAACCGCAAUCAGGGUGACUGAUGGAAACCGGAUAAGCAUGCAUGGACUUAAGUGCACACUUGAGUCUGGUGGUGUAAGCUGGGAAACUGCUUUGGCCAAACUUGUGGAUUGUUAGGCUUGGCUGGGUUUGGAAAAGUGAUUUGUGCACACUUGAGGUGGGAUGAGAGGUGGGAGCAGGGAGAGGCUCAGGAAGCUGGAUGCUGUUUUGGGGCAGAAGUCUGACGGGAAACACAGAUGUCUGGUUAAAUAUAUGCAAAGCAUCUGCUUUGUACUCUUAACAGGCAAAAUGAGUUAAAUAUUAAACCUCAGCAGCACCACUAUGUGAGUUAGUAACUAUGGGGGUUUGCUUCCAAGGGUUCUGAAAAUGUGUAUGCUCGAAACACUUGGAAAUGCUCCUGUGUCAGCAUCCGUUCCAGAGCCUGUGCGCUGAGCGGGCCUUGACCUCCAAGCAAGGCUGAGAGCUUAAAAGCCCUUCCUGCGCUGUGAAAACGAGGCACAAUAGAGCUUUUAAGCUCUCUGCAUUGCAAGCAUUUAACUUGUGCAAUUUGAACCGGCCUGCCUUCAACUGUGCAAGGUUUAAAUGACACACGUUAACUGCGCAUAAGAUGCCACCAUGCUAUAUUUUGCAAGGUGGAGACUGGAAAUUGAGAGGGAGUUGACAUGUUCCUGGUCAUCCACUGAGCUGAUGGCUCACUUGGUCCUGGGACCCUUCCAGCACCAGGACAGACCCUUCCUUUUCCUCCCAUUCUCUUCUCCUGGCUGGUAAGACCUGAACCCAGGAGCUUCAGCAUGCAGUUUUGGUGUCCGACCACUGGGACUUCCUUCUCCACCUUAUCAGUUACCCAAUAAGGUGACUGAGAAGCAUUUAUGGGACUUGAGAGCACUGAGGUUCAUUUCUUCUGCUUGCGCUAUAUAGUUUUUUCCCACUGGCCCCUCAUUCCUUAUCUCCUUUGUGUUAUCUGCUUCAGGCCUGAGCAACGGAUAUGAGGCGAAGAAACGCCCGGGCAGCAUUGCUGUCCGACCUGAUGCCACCCCUCCGGCCCUCUCGAAUGGCGGCGAGGUCCACGGCAAUGCCAUCCACAUCCCCACCGUGGAUGGGAAACUACGGCCCACCGCCAUCCCCAAGGGCGGUGCCCGCAUCUCCCUGCAGGCCCUGGAGGCCGACACUGCCCUCCAGCGCCACAUCAACUGCGUCUACUACGACGACUCACUCCUGGGGCGCAAGACGGCGGCGAAGCUGUCCCCCUUGGCCAGGCCCAAGUCUCUGGCUGUGCCCUGGAUGACCACGCAGCCAGGCUCCCCCGAGCUGCUGGGCCCCGUCAUGUCCAUCUCUCCGCAGGGCACCUACCUGUCGAAGAUCAUCCCCAACGCCGUCAUGCCUCCCAUGGUGGACGUCAUCGCCCUCUCGCGUAACAAGGUGCGCACGCUGAGCCGCUGCAGCCUCUCAACUGCCAGCCCGGCCUCCGUGCGCUCGGUGGGACGCUUCCCUUCUGGCCCCCGCAGCCGCGAGCACUCCUCCUCCAGUGACAACUGGAGCCAUUCCCAGUCCACGGAAACCAUCGUUUCGAACACCUCCACCAUCUCCUCACACGGGGGAACCGACAGCAGGAAAGGCGAGGCCAGGCCCGACGGACAGGUCCGGGCGGCGGCUAGGCCUGACUUGGACCAGCUCAGUACCUUCAGCUCCAUGAGCGGCACCAGCUCAAACUGCCAUGGCAGCAAGGCCGCCCCUGCCUCCCCCCACCUCCUCGGGGUGCGGCCCCCUGGAAGCAGCGGGCGGGCCUCCCCCGCCUACAGCACCGGCAGUGCAGCGGAGGGCUCAGACAGCAUGAGCGUGCGGAGCGACCGUUCCUCCACCCGCAGCGUCUCCCUCAGGAAGAUGAAGAGAGCCCCCGCACCCCCGCGCAGGACGUACUCCCUGCACAAGAAGGCUCAGCAGCUGGAGGCCGAGGGGGCACCCAGAGCAAUGGGCCUGCCCCCCAUGCCAGAGCGCAGGCCCCCACGGGAAGGCAGCGAGGCGUGGGCUGCGGGGCGGCUAGGGAGCCCCAGCCUAACCGGGGACGACGAAGUGUUCUCCCCCUCCUCGCAGAGCGAGACCAGCAGCCUCCGUUCUGACAGCCUGGCCUGCUCUUCCAACAUCUCUCACCGGAGCCCGACCAUCCGAGAGGAGGGGCAAGUGGAUGAAAUGUCGGAAGUCCCCUCGAAGCACAGCUCCCCCGACCACUUUGGCCGCACGAUGUCGCCCUCCAGCGGGUACUCGAGUCAGAGCGGCACGCCCACCCUCCACACCAAGAGCCUCGUGGCCCACGCCUCGCCCUCCGGGAAGAAGAGGCCCCAACCAAAGAAGCCGGAGCGGGUCUGCUCUCUGCAAUCCCCAGGGCCCUCCGUCUCCUCCUCCCUGACAUCCUUGUCCUCCUCUGCCUCGGAUCCAGCCGCUGUGGAGGGGACGGCCCCGCCUUCAGCAGGACCCUCUGCCAACGCUGCCCCCGCUCUGAAUAAAAUGGACAGGUUCCUUAUCCCUCCUCACCCCAAGGUGCCAGCUCCUUUCUCCCCUCCACCCACCCAGGGCCAACUGGCGGAACCCAAACCUGCCAAUGCCCCGGCCCCCACGGGCCAACCUCACCAACAGCCCGCUGUCCUUACGAAAGCUAGUUGCGGGUCGCCUCCUCCGUCUCCCCCUCCGGCCUACCACCCACCACCACCCCCAGCGAAGAAGGCCAGUGCCAUUCCGGAGGCCCCAGCUGCCCCUACACCUUCUGAGACCGUGCCGGACGCUCCCGCAGAUCCUCUGUGGCCCCCUCCACCCCCACCCGUGCCCGACGCCCAUGACCUUUCCAUGGCUGACUUUCCUCCCCCGGACGAGGCCUACUUUGUGCCACCCCUGCCAGAGCCCCAGCUGCAGGCUGUGGGGACACCCUCGCUUCAAGUCACUGUGGCAGCUCCUGCGGAGAAGGAGCAGCCGGCCAACCAAAGAGCAGCCCUUGCGGAGGAGGGCCAAGCGCCCGCCUCUUCGCCCUCCUUCUCCACAAGAGUGUCCUCCAAGAUCCAGCAGCAGGGGGCGCCGGACGCCGCACCACUGCCAGCUCCUCAAGCAGAGCCGCCGCCACCUCCCAAGUUCCCCGCGGCAGGAGAAACUUCCCUCCACUGGAAGCCCACUGGCCCGGCGGCAACAACCUCCAGCCUCCAAGCCCAGCCCAGCCUUAAGAAGCCUGCCUCCAGCGCCCACCCCGACCUCAAGAAAGAGCCGGCGUCUCGCAGCAAGAGCAACUCCACGCCAAAGGAGGACGCCAGCCUCCCCAUUGUGACCCCUUCCCUGCUGCAGAUGGUCCGCCUGCGCUCGGUCCACAUGGAUACCCACGCCCCUGCUGCGAGCCCAGCGGCAGCCAACCCCGUGGUGGAGCAGAACGGGCCGAGCACUGGGGUCAGCAGGAAGUUGGGGCAGCCUGCCCCACAGAAGCCUGUCCGCAAGUCGCUCUCUUUGAGGGCCCCGAAGGACAGCAGCGGUCCAUCUUCAAACCCCCUGCACGAUGCCGUGCGCCUGAAGGCCUCCACACUGUCUUCCAGAGACGCGCCAGGCCUCAGAGGGGCUGAGAGGAAGGCUGGCCACCGGCUGACGAUGCCGGCUUUCCCCACCGCAGUAGCUGCUCCCGCCGGCGAGGCGAAAGAGGACCAAGUGUCCCCCCACCACAAGUCCCCGGCUUCGACGGCCAGCUUCAUCUUCGCCAAGAGCCCCAAGAAGCUGGUCAUCGACACCUCGGCCUCCCCAGAGGCCCAGGCCAACCUGAAGAAGAACCUGGUUGCGGAACUGAUGAACGUCUCUGGUCAGCGGUCCACGGCAGCCCUGGGGCUCCCCCAGCAGGGCUCAGGAAAGCCCCAGGCCCGGAAGAUCCCUCCGCCCAUAGCCAGGAAGCCCUCGCUAGGGCCAGGCCAGCUGCCGUCUCCCCAGAGCCCCAAGCCAGCAGGAGCUGAGGAGUUGAGCUCCACCCUGCCAGUGGCUGGGGACAGGACUAAGAGUGAGGGGUCUGGUCACCAGGCCGCUCUCCUUGGGGAUAGCAGUGACAGCCCCCCGGCAGGGCCUGCGACACCACUGCAGAGCCCCCCAGCACAAGGUAAGGGGCUGAGCAGGGUGGGGAUUGAGUGGUCCCGUUUCAGCUGUGGCAACACACUUGAUAUUGGAAGGUCUGCCCUGGGGGUUGUUGGGCAACCGUUACUGACUGACCAUGGUGCUUUACACUCACACCGUUUGACCAAUGCAUGCCCUGAUUUCUUGCCCUUUUUCUGCCAGUCAUGUUGACUAUGUCUCCAGCUUUUUCCUGGGCAAGAACAGGAGGGGGUGGGUUGCCAUCAUGCCCUGCUUGGGGGCUCCUAGUAGGAAAGGGAAUGCUAUGUUAGAGAAUUUUUUAAAAAUCUAAUUAUGUAUUUUGUUUUACAGUUGCCCAGUGAUGUAAGUGCAGCAUUACUGCUGUUUGUUACAGUGUUAUCCUUCUUAAAAUAUAGUACAAUUUCAUCUUGCACAGGGGUUAUGUUCUGGGGGUGCUGCAUAUACGUAAAACGACCCACCUCGUAGCUUUUACCCCCACCCCCAAACAAAGCAGAGAGCUUUUAAGUUUUUGUCUCUGGUGUGGAUUCUACAUAGCUCUCUUGCUUCCUUUCUCCACAGCUGAGGAACUGAGGUUGAGGGAGGGUUGUAGGCUUUGGGGGCGGGGGUAGUCCCAUCGCAAGGCGCUGGAUUCCAGCUCUGAAACCCAUUGCCUCUGCUUUUCUCCUUGCAGAUUUACAGGAGGAGAUGGCGUGAAGGGAGACCCUGCAGCGUGGUUGCCCCUGAAAUACAGGAAUUGAAAAUAAUUAACACACACAGAAAGAAAGAAAAAAAUCUCAGGGACCUGAGCAGGCCAGAGGAGGUCCUGGAUGCGAUGAAAAGGAAGACAAAACAGCCUUAGCCUCUGAUGGCCUUGAUAUUUAUGCAAAAAUUGUGUUGGUUUCACUUUUUCUUCAGUAAUACGGCUUUAUUUUACAUACAGAGACAAAAGUAGCACAACACCCUUCCUUGCUGCCGCCUCCUCCCUCAAUGGGGCAGCUUUUCUCAGCUGGGGUUUUACUUUUCCCAUUGUGGGGUGGUUGUUUUUUUGGUGCAUAAGGAAAAUGGCUUUUAAGAACAAUGGACAAUGAGGACGGUUUGCGCUUCCUGCUCCCCCUGCCCCAUCCCAAGGAGAAGCUGGCAGUCGAACCAACCUGGGCUGUGUAUGUGAGUGUGUGUGUGUGAGUGUGUGUGAGUGUGUGUGUGUGCGCGCGUGUGUGUGUGUGUGUGCGUGUGUGUGUGUGUGUCCCCCAGAAGAGCCCCCUCCCUUCUUUUCUCUUUGUGGUGGGGUUGGGAGCAUCGCCUGCUUUUGCACCCCUGGAAUUGUACAAAACAAGCACUUUCUCAGAUCGAGGCUGGAGACUGCAAGGACGGCUGCUUAUGGAGAGCUGCGUAGGCUUCCCAAAUGCUGCUGGGGCCCAGAUCCUUUCUGCUUCUCUCCUGUGUGCUCCUGCGAAGAGCUUGCACUGAAGGGACCCUGCAAGUUAGCCUUGCCGUUCUAGUGGCGGGCCAUGUGGUGAUGUACCUGGCUAGCCCAGGUAGGGUUCCUUGGUGCAAACUGGUCCCUAUCAGGCAACAGCUGAUUCUGGGUGGAGGGUGAGCUGCACCCUUCCCGUGGGAGACAGCUAGGAGGGGACCUAGUAUAAUUCCACCAUAGCACAAAUAGGGACACAUAACUGUUCUACUCUUUCUCCUUUUUCAGACGCCACUUAUGUUACCUUCUUUGUGCCUAGAACUGUCCCCCAAGGGUGGGUUGUCUCCUUGAGGGUCCAGGUACGAGAAACCUUUUGAGAGGCUCACAAGACCUAAACUGCCUAGCAGGGCAUGUGCAAGAGGUGUGUGCUGGUCUAGCUGGUUGGUGCCUUUAGCAAACAGCUGGGGUGGGGGGAGACUUGGUGGGAGGGGCAGCCAGAGCCCCCUGGAGCUUAGCUCUUCACUGCCAAAACACUAAAGGUCCGGGGCAUUUUGCAGCAAAACAUUCCAGGCCUAGAGCAUCCUACCUUGGAGCAAGGGGAUUGAAUGGGUGAUUUGGGGUGGGGUAGGGUGGGCAAAGGCUCCUCCAUUCGGCAAGCAAAGCUCUCCUCCUCCUUCCCAUUCAGCAUGGUGGAUGUGGUGUGAUUCUGGCUUUGGCAGUAUCAUUUUCUUUGGUGAAUUUGAAACUUCCUGGAGGGGAAGGGAUGGCAGGAGGUCAUCAGGUAAGUAUUAAGGCAGCUUUGAGAGCCAGCCUGGGUCAGGGGUGUGUGUGCAUCACUUGCUAGAAGCCCAGCUUCACCCAGGGCACGCCUCCUGCUGCAGGCAAAUAAGUGUGUUGAAGUGGAUAUGGUUGCCCCCCUCUUGUCGUCAGUGGCAUGUUGCCCUCAUGUUGGCCACGGAAAGGUGCAAACUCUGCAAGUGGUGCCAGGGGCAGGACAGUACCUCUCUACUCCCAGUUGCUACAUGAAGCUACCAAGAAGGGCUGGGCAUCCCAGGGGCACUACUAAACCUCUGAGGAACACAAUAAUUCAUUCAAAGGGUUUGUAGGGUGACUAAGUGCUCUGAGUGCGCAUAAUCUUUGAUGGCAAAAGGGCGUUGGAUGGUUGCUGCCGGCCAGGGUAGACCGAGCCAUCUUUGCCAAGUUGCUGCCUUCCAGAUGUUCAGGAAUGGCAACUCCCACCAGCCCCUGCCAGAGCAGCUGCCUCUGCUGCUGGGAAUUGUGAUCCAAAACACCCAGAAUGUAAGUUAGGAAAGGGCUGGAAUAGAGCACUGAGCUGACCAGGCAACAUGGUCUGAAGUAGUUGCCUGCGUUUGAAAAGCCCUGCUCCGAAAUGUGAUGGCAGGUGAUGGUUUUUAGGUACCCCAAACUUGUGGCUGUUCAUUCAUUUUGCCUCCCCCCCCCCCAGCCUAGGGCCAUUAUUAGGUGGCAAGGUGGGAGACUCAGCUGUGUGUUGCCACCAUACCGAUACCCCCUGCCCCCACCAACCUGCCUCCUUUUCCUGGUGCUGUACUUACGACCGUGUGUGCCUGAUGUUACAAACCCCAGCAGUGAGCCUCUCCCAGGAAGCGCUCUUUUCCUCUGCUGGAGACCCCCCCUCCCCUGAACACCUUCUCCAGGCUACAUCAGCUGUCAGGAGCUCACGCCUAGCUAAGAGGCUUUCCUUCUCACCCCUCAAGCGGGGUGGGGUGGGGGUGGGAAUAUCGUAAUUUCCCUCUGAACCUCAAGUUACUCUUACCCCAAGGCUGCAACCUCCUCCCAGAUUGUUCUGCCAAGAGCCAACACAGCACUUUGAAGGCAGGAGAACAGACAAAUCAGAAGAGGAGUUUGGUGGGGGUGGGGGUGCCCCAGUGGGGCUGGGCACAGCAUUUAGAAAUGACACCAAGCACCUGAAUUUGUCCCCCACCCUCAAUGCCUUUGUUUUCUAUUCUUUAGGAACAUUAGACAACUGAUUUAUAUAGACUUUUGAAGAAGAAGAAGAAAAUCUUGGGUCAUUUGCUUUUGAUUUUUUCCCUCAUGAUUGUAAAACAGGAGUGGGGGAGGGAGCUACCUUUGAGAAAGGGAUGAGAGGGGGGAAAGAUGGUGAAAUACAUUUUUAAAGACUGUCUUUGUAAAGAUAAAUUAAAGCUUGCUUGCUUGCUUGCUGUCUCUCUUA